CGCCUCGGCUGGAGGAACUGCUGUCAGGAGGAAAAACAAAACUACACGGCGCUGACGGCCUGUAGUUUUGUUUUUUUCUUUGGGGUUUGGAUUUUCUGACUACAUUUUCUGGAUAAAGAGGUUUUUGAUCUUCCGAAGUCAGCCCUCGUUCGGGCAUCCCAGGCAUCCUUGUGCACACAAGGUGCCGACCAACAUGUCAACACAGGCGCCGACAUUCACGCAGCCGCUACAGAGCGUCGUGGCACUUGAGGGUAGUGCCGCGACGUUCGAGGCUCAAGUUAGUGGUUCUCCAGUUCCUGAGGUGAGCUGGUUCCGUGAUGGCCAGGUUCUUUCCACCGCCGCUCUGCCCGGCGUUCAGAUCUCGUUCAGCGACGGCCGCGCUGUUCUGAGGAUCCCCGCUGUGACCGCCGCACACAGUGGAAGAUUUUCCAUCAGAGCCACCAACGGCGCUGGACAAGCCACGAGCACUGCUGAACUCCUCGUUACAGCGGAGACGGCGCCUCCAAACUUCCUUCAGAGACUGCAGAGCUCGACAGUGAGACAGGGCAGCCAGGUCAGGCUGGACGUCCGAGUCACAGGUAUCCCCACACCUGUAGUGAAGUUCUACAGAGAGGGAGCCGAGAUCCAGAGCUCGGCCGACUUCAGGAUCCUCCAGGAGGGAGACCUGUACAGUCUGCUGAUCGCUGAGGCCUUCCCAGAGGAUUCUGGGACGUAUUCUGUGACCGCCACCAACAGCAGUGGACGGGCCACCUCCACCGCCGAACUGCUGGUUCAGGGUGAGGAAGCUGUACCUGCUAAGAAAACCAAGACUACUGUGUCCACUUCCCAGAUGGCGACUUCCCAGACCAGAGUGCAGAGGAAGGUGGAGGGGAGUUUCCAGGCCAGCACCAUGAUGGAGAUGCAUGUGGAGGGAGGAAUGAUGGCUCAGCAUUUGGCUCACAAAACCCCUCCGAGGGUUCCCCCAAAGCCCACCUCCAGGUCCCCGCCGUCCUUUGUUUCCAAGGUGACGGGAGGACGCCAGCAGUCACCUUCACCUGUUAGACACGUGAAAGGGCCGACACCCACUCCUAUGAGAUCCGUCUCUCCCUCCACCAGACUGUCCUCUGUCUCGCCCAUCAGACCGGUCAAGUCUCCUAUCACGACCAGGAAACAGGUAUCUGCAGCUGCAGACGUCCUGCCACCCUGGAAGCAGGGAGACUAUGUGGCUGAAGCCGGCUACACCAGUAUGACCAGCAUGACCAGUGUCAGCAGCGCCACCCAACUGCGCAUGGAAAAGCACUGGGAGCAGCAGGUCACCACCACCAGAGAGGACGAGCAUGUUUCCCGGGACGAUAAGAGCGUGGCGGUGGCUACUGUGGUGGCGGCCGUGGAUCAGGCUCGUGGCCGGGGGCUGCCUGAGGCCGCUGUGUCUGGAGAGCAGGCUGAGGGAGGGAAAAGAGCCGGUGCGGUGGCCACAGUGGUGGCCGCCGUUGACCUCGCUCGCGUCCGUCAGCCCGUGCAUGCAGAGGGCGGUCGAGCUGAAGAGGAGGAGGCUGUAGAGGUGGAGAUAAGGCAGCACGUGGCAACUUCUGGAGAUAAACAAAUCGUUGCAACUAAAACAGCGACUGCUGAACUGUCGGCCGCUGUCGCUGAGACCUCAGAGCAGCACAGAGUCCAGGUCUCCCAGAUUCAGAGAACGACAGAAAUCUCCUCCCACGUGGACACUGGUGUCACCCCGUCCCCAGUUCCACAUUUCACAGUUUCUAAAGUUUCUGUUCCUAAACAUGAACAUAGCCACGAGGUGUCCAUCGCUGGCUCUGCCAUCGCCACUCUGCACAAAGAGUUAUCCUCCCCCGUCGCUCCCAGAAAGAUCAUCAAGCCCGUCAAGUCUCCCAGUCCAUCUCGCAGGGCACUGGCGGUGGAGGUGCGGGUGACGCCGGAGCCCCUCCCCCCACCGUUUAAAGACAUCAGAUAUCAGAGUCAGGUUGAGUUACAGCCAGGCGGGGCUUAUGCAGUGAGUGAAGAGGAGUUUGAGGACUGGGAGCCUCAGGAGGCGGCUGCAGUGCCCACAAGAAGCCAAGAACCUGUCGUUCCCCCCACUCUUAUUGCCGGUCUAAAGAACCUGACGGUGACGGAGGGCGAGUCAGUUACCCUGGAGUGCCAGAUCAGUGGUCACCCCGCUCCUGUCCUCAUGUGGUUCAGAGAGGACUACAAGAUUGAGAGCUCCAUCGAUUUCCAGAUCAGCUACGAGAACAGAUUUGCCCGGCUGGUGAUCCGCGAGGCGUUUGCUGAAGACAGCGGUCGCUUCACCUGCACGGCCACCAGCGAGGCGGGAACCGUCAGCUCCUCCUGCUACCUGCUCGUCAAAGUAUCAGAAGAAACUGAGAGCAGAGAGGAGGCGACUGUUACUGAAACUGCAAUCACACAAGAGAAAACUGUUGCUGUCGAGACAAAGGAACAGGUGGUGGCAGAGGUGACUACAGGAGAGUCCGCUGCUCCCUUCUUCAUCAAGAAACCGACCAUUCAGAAGCUGGUGGAGGGAGGAAGUGUCGUGUUCGAGUGCCAGGUCGGAGGAAACCCAAAACCUCACAUAAUCUGGAAGAAGAGCGGUGUGCUGCUCACUACUGGAUACAGAUACAAAGUCGCCUACAAGAAGGAGACUGGAGAAUGCAGACUGGAGAUCUCCAUGACCUUUGCUGAUGAUGCUGGAGAAUACUCCAUCUUUGCCAAGAAUCCUCAUGGAGAAGCCUCAGCCUCCGCUGGCCUGCUGGAGGAAGAGGAAUAUGAAGCCUAUAUGAAGCAACAUGACAUGACAUAUAAAACUGAAGUGACGACGACAGUGAUUCAGGAGCCCUCUGUGAUUGUGAGUCAAUACGAGCUGGAACAGAGGAGGCUGACAACCCCCAUGAGCUUUGUCUCAGAAACGGAAUUCCUCAUUUCAGCCUUUGAGGAGAGGAUCAUCCAGGAGAUUGAGCUCCGUAUCAUGAGGAUUACCUACAGAGAGCUGGUGACAGAGGACGGAGAGCAGACGGUGACUGUAGCAGAUGAGCAGGCAGUGCAGCCGGUCUUUGACACACCGGUCAAAAACUACAGGAUCAUGGAGGGAAUGGGCGUCACUUUCCACUGCAAGAUAUCUGGAAAGCCGCUGCCAAAGAUUGCUUGGUAUAAAGACGGCCAGCGCAUCAGGCCUGGUGGCCGUUACCAGAUGGAGGUUCUUCAGGAUGGACGAGCCAGCCUUCGCCUGGCUGUGGUGCUACCAGAGGAUGAGGGUGUGUACACCGCCUUUGCCACCAACAUUAAGGGAAAUGCCGUCAGCUCUGGGAAGCUGUAUGUGGAGCCGUCCGGAACCAUAACACCUCAGAUAUACACACCACAACCAGCAAUGCAGAGGAUUAGGUCAACAUCUCCUCGUUCUCUGAGCCGCUCACCCGGGCGUUCCUCCAGCCGUUCACCUGCUCGCUCUCCUGCCCGCAGGCUUGAUGAGACAGACGAGGCUCAACUGGAAAGACUCUACAAACCUGUGUUUGUCAUGAAGCCUUCCUCAAUAAAAUGUUCUGAGGGUCAAACUGCCAGAUUUGACUUGAAGGUGGUUGGUAGACCCAUGCCCGACACGUACUGGUUCCACAAUGGACAACAAGUGAUCAAUGACUACACCCACAAGAUAGUGAUUAAAGAGGAUGGUACUCAGUCCCUGAUCAUUGUCCCAGCCAUGCCACAAGACUCUGGAGAGUGGACAGUCCUUGCUCAGAACAGAGCUGGACGGACCUCUGUUUCUGUAAAUCUUACUGUUGACGCUCGAGAAAGCCUAGCGCGCCCUCAGUUUGUUGACAAGCUGAGGAACAUCACUGUAAAGCAGGGCACUCUGGUUGAACUGGCUGUCAAAGCCAUUGGAAACCCCCUGCCUGAUAUUGUCUGGCUGAAAAACAGUGACAUUAUCACACCACAGAAGCACCCACAUAUCAGGAUUGAGGGUGCUAAAGGAGAGGCCAAAUUCCAGAUUCCCUCAGCAGCUGGCUCAGACAGUGCCUGGUACACAGCUACAGCCAUUAAUAAGGCUGGUAGGGACACCACUCGCUGCAGAGUCAAUGUUGAGGUUGACUUCACUGCCCCUCAAGCUGAGAGGAAACUCAUUAUUCCCAGAGGAACCUACAAAGCCAAGGAGAUUGCAGCUCCGGAGCUGGAGCCCCUUCAUCUGCGAUAUGGUCAAGAGCAAUGGGAGGAGGGCGACCUUUAUGACAAAGAGAAGCAGCAGAAACCACUGUUCAAGAAGAAGCUGACCUCUAUCAGAAUGAAGCGUUUUGGUCCGGCUCAUUUUGAGUGCAGACUGACCCCUAUUGGUGACCCCAACAUGGUAGUGGAGUGGCUGCAUGAUGGCAAACCCCUGGAAGCUGCCAACAGGUUGCGCAUGGUCAAUGAAUUUGGCUACUGCAGCCUUGACUAUGAAGUUGCUUACGCUAGGGACAGUGGCGUUAUCACCUGCAGAGCAACAAACAAGUACGGAGUCGACCAGACUUCGGCCACCCUGAUCGUCAAGGAUGAGAAGGGUCUUGUUGAGGAAACACAGCUUCCUGAAGGCAGGAAGGGAGCAUACAGAAUCGAUGAGAUCGAGCGCAUGGCUCAUGAGGGAGGACCUACAGGAGUUAGUGCUGACGAGGAAUCGGAAAAGACCAAACCUGAAAUUGUCCUGCUUCCGGAGCCAACCAGAGUGCUGGAAGGCGACAUCGCACGAUUCCGCUGCCGAGUGACUGGUUAUCCAGCACCUAAGGUUAACUGGUACCUAAAUGGACAACUUAUCCGCAAAAGCAAGAGGUACAGACUUCGCUAUGAUGGUAUUUACUAUUUAGAGAUUGUCGACAUCAAGUCUUACGACUCAGGAGAGGUCAGGGUGGUUGCAGACAAUCCUAUGGGCACAGCUGAGCACACCGUUAAGCUGGAGAUCCAACAGAAGGAGGACUUUAGAUCUGUCCUGCGUCGUGCUCCCGAACCGAAGGCUGCAGAGGUUUUACAUGACCCUGGCAAAAUUGGAUUUGAUGUUGUAAAGGUUGACCGACCGGGUGAGGCCAUACAGGACAGGGAAGUUGUAAAGCUUCGUAAGACACACAGAAUUGUUCAUGAGAAAACCUCAGAGGAGUCCGAAGAGCUGAAGAGCAAGUUCAAGCGUAGGACAGAGGAAGGUUUCUAUGAGUCCAUCUCUGCUGUGGAAUUCAAGUCUCGCAAGAGGGAUGACUCUUAUGAGGAUCUACUGAAGAAGACUAAGGAGGAGCUGCUUCAUCGCAUGAAGGAGAAAGAAGAGGCUGAGAGGAAGAAGAUGGAAGAACAGGGCAAAGUCACCAUCCCCACAAUCAAACCAGAGAGGGUCCAGCUCUCCCCCAGCAUGGAAGCACCCAAGAUCCUGGAACGCAUUGCUAGCAAGACGGUUGCUCCAAUGGAUGAGGUUCGUUUCCGAGUCAGAGUCGUGGGCAGACCAGAACCUGAGUGCCAGUGGUUCAAGAACGGCAUUCAGCUGGAAAAGUCAGACCGUGUUUACUGGUACUGGCCUGAGGACAAUGUGUGUGAACUGGUGAUCAGAGAUGUCACAGUAGAAGAUUCUGCUAGCAUCAUGGUUAAAGCUAUGAAUGUUGCCGGGGAGUCCUCGAGCCAUGCCUUCCUGCUUGUGCAAGCCAAGACGGCAAUAAGCUUUACCCAGAACCUGGAGGAUGCCAAUGCCAAUGAGAAGGACACAAUGGUGACCUUUGAGUGUGAAACUAACGAACCUUUCGUCAAAGUCAAGUGGCUCAAGAACAACAUAGAGAUCUCCUCCGGAGACAAAUACAGAAUGCACUCAGACAGAAAGGUCCACUUCCUGUCUGUACUGAUGAUUGAAAUGAGGGAUGAUGCCGAAUAUACUUGUGUGGUUGUAGAUGAUGAGAACGUCAGGACAAGUGCAGGGCUCCACGUGGAAGGCGCUACCCUGGAGCUCAUCAAACACUUGGAGAACAUUGAGGUACCAGAGAGUUACGCUGGGGAGUUUGAGGUUGAGCUGUCUCGUGAGGACGCUGAGGGCAGAUGGUUCUUCAGAGACAAGGAGCUCUCUCCCAGUGGUAAAUACGUCAUGUCCUCCCGCCGAGGAAGACACACCCUGUCUGUCAAGGAUGUCAGGAAAGAGGACCAGGGGAAAUACACCUUUGUAUGUGGAGAUUUGAGGACCAGCGCCUCACUGAAGAUGAAAUUGCGCCCAGUUACGCUGAUGCAACCCCUGACCGACCUCACAGUCUGUGAGGGAGACAUUGCUCAGCUGGAGGUGAGAUUUUCACAGGAGAACGUUGAGGGAACCUGGAUGAAGAACGGCCAGGCCAUCUCUGCCUCGGACCGCAUCCACAUUGUAAUCGACAAACUGGUUCACAAGCUGCUGGUGGAGGACGUCAGCAGAGAAGAUGCUGCUUCCUACUCUUUCGUGGUUCCCACCCAAGACAUUUCCACCUCAGGCAAACUCAAUGUUCAAACUAUUGACAUUGUGGUGCCACUGAAGGACAUGUCCUCCAUUGAGGGCACAAAAGCUGUUCUGGAGGCCAAGAUCUCCGCUCAGGACAUCAGCUCAGUCAAAUGGUACCACAAUGAGAAACUGCUCUUGCCCAGUGACCGAAUUCAGAUAGUGGCAAAGGGAGCCAAACAGCGUCUAGUCUUUACCAGGACCUAUGCCUCCGAUGAAGGACACUACAAACUGGUGGUCGGCAAGGUCGACACAAGCUGCAAACUGACAGUUGAACAGGUACACAUUGUGAAGCACAUGGAGGACCAAGUGUGCUCCGAGUCCCAGAACGUCACCUUUAACGUUGAAGUUUCUCACCCUGGUAUCGACCCGGUCUGGACUUUCAGGAACCAGCAGCUCAAACCUGGACCCAAAUACAAGAUGGAGUCCGAGGGCAAGGCUUACUCCCUGACUGUCAUCGACACCAUGAAGGACGAGGAUGGCCAGUAUGCGUUCCACAUUGGUGAAAAGACAUCCAGUGCCAAGCUCAUUGUCUCUGGUGGAGCCAUUACACGGCCCUUGCAGGACGUGACCGUGGCGGAGUCCCAGACAGCUGAGCUAGAGUGUGAAAUCGCCAACGCCAACGCUGAGGGAAAGUGGCUGAAGGAGGGUAAGCCCGUGGACUUCAAUGACAAUGUGGUGAGCGAGGUGAAGGGAGCCGUCAGGCGCCUCAUCAUCAUCAUCACCAGACCGCAGGACGUCGGAGAGUACACCUACAAGGUGGCCAACUCCAAAACCACCGCUAACCUCAGGGUGGAGGCGGUGAAGAUCAAGAAGACUCUCAGGAACCAGACUGUGACGGAAACCCAGGAGGCGGUUUUCACGCUGGAGCUCACCCACCCCGACGUGAAAGGAUCCCAGUGGAUCAAGAACGGCGUGGAGCUGCAGAGCAGCGACAAGUACGAGAUCACGUCCGAAGGCACGGUCCACACCCUGAAGGUCAAGAACUGCAACACACAGGACGAGUCUGUUUAUUCCUUCAAACUGGGAAAACUGUCCGCCAAUGCCAGACUCAACGUAGAGACGAUCAAGAUCGUGAAGAAGAUAAGGGACGUGACAUCACUGUUGGACAGCACCACCUCCUUUGAAAUGAGCCUGUCACAUGACAACAUCCCCGUCAGGUGGAUGUUCAAAGGUGUGGAGCUGAAGUCGAGCGACAAGUGUAAGAUUCUGUCAGAGAGGAAAGCUCACAAGCUGAUCCUCCAGAAGGUCGACAGCAGCGACGCAGGAGAGUACACCGCCGUGGUCGGACAUCUGCGGUGCAGCGCCGUGCUCACCGUGGAGGCUCUGAGAGUCACCAAACCCAUGAAGAGCCUGGAGGUCCCAGAGACUCAGGUGGCCACGUUCGAGUGUGAAGUUUCUCACUUCAACGUCCCCUCCACCUGGCUGAAGGACGGCGUGGAGAUCGAGAUGAGCGAGAAGUUCAGGAUCGUGGUUCAAGGAAAACUCCACCAGCUGAAGAUCAUGAACACCAGCAGGCAGGACUCUGCAGAGUACACCUUCGUCUGCGGGAACGACCGCGUCUCCGCAACGCUCACCGUUAGCCCCGUCCUGAUCACCUCCAUGCUGAAGGACCUGAACGCUCAGGAGAGAGACACCAUCACCUUCGAGGUCACCGUCAAUCACGAGGGCAUCACCUACAAAUGGCUGAAGAACGGCGUGGAGGUCAAGUCGUCGGACAGAUGUCAGGUCCGCAGCCGGCAGCUCACGCACUCGCUCAGCAUCCGGAACGUUCACUUCGGAGACGGAGGAGAGUACCAGUUUGUGGCUGGCUCCGCCGCCACCGCCGCUAACCUGUUCGUCGAAGCUCGUGUGAUUGAAUUCACCAAGAAAAUCAAGGACAUAAAGAUCACAGAGAAGAAGAAGGCGAUUUUUGAAUGUGAGGUUUCUGAGCCAAAUAUCCAGGUGAUGUGGAUGAAGGACGGCCAGGAGCUGGACGUGUCUGAGGAACGUUACAUCGUGACAGCAGAAAAGUACGUUCACCGUCUGAUGAUCCAGACGGUUCGUCUCUCCGAUGCUGGAGAGUAUUCGGUGGUGGCCGGAUCCAGCGUCUCCAAAGCCCAUCUGACCGUGGAGGGUCGCGACAUCCGGAUCUCUGAACCUGCUGAGCGGGAAAUUACGACUCUGGAGAAACACAGAGCAACCUUCGAGUUUGAGGUGAACGAGGACGACGUGGAGGGUCGCUGGCUGAGGAACGGGGUGGAGAUCCAGUUCUCGGUGGAGAAGCGGUUCAACUACGUGGCCAUCAGGAAGGUCCACCGCCUCACCAUCUCUGAGACCUACAGGGGCGACGCAGGGGAGUACACCUUCAUCGCCGGCAAAAACAGGAGCACCAUGAACCUCAGAGUCAACAUCCCAGAGCCUCCUCAGAUCCUCCGUCACAUGGAGCCUCAGUCGGUGGAGGCUGGUAAACCGGUCCGCUUCUCGGUGCAGGUGAGCGGCGUUCCUCAACCUCAGGUCUUCUGGUACAAAAACUCCCAGGCUCUGUCUCCGGGCUUCAAGUGCAAGUUCCUUCACGACGGCAACGAGCACACGCUCCUGCUGAUCGAAGUCUUCCCUGAGGACGCUGCCGUCUACAACUGCGAGGCCAAGAACGACUACGGCGCCGCCACGAGCACCGCAACGCUCAACGUGGAAGUCUCAGAGGUGGUUUCUCCGGAUUCGGCUGCUCCUGUUGCUCCUCCUGUCGUAGUCUCACCCAUCGCUAGCACUUCGGCCCGCGAGGGAGAACCGACUCGCUUCCAGUGCAGAGUCCGCGGAGAUGAUUUGAAAAUCAGCUGGUUCCACAAGGAGAAGGAGAUCAAGCAGUCAGACUUCUUCCGGAUGUCUCAGUUUGACGACAGCUGUCAGCUGGAGAUCUCCAGGGUUUACCCGGAGGACGAGGGCGAGUACACCUGUGUGGCCACAAACAACGCCGGGACCGUGUCCUGCUCCGCAACUCUAACACUGGACGGGCAAAAACAAACAGUGGACAGUCGUGCUGAGGCUCAGUGGCAUGUCUCCACCAGCCUCACCAGUAUAAAGAAACCUUCCAUUGGCCAAAAGCCAGUUUUCAUCCAGCCAAUCACAAGCUGCAUUGUGCAACAUGGAGAGGUGGCCCGUUUUCAUGCAAGUGUGUCCGGCAUGCCGAAGCCAGAGAUAAGCUGGUUCCAUAACCGGCAGCCAGUUCAGCCCACCAAGAACGUGGUGUUUCAUUUUGAUGAGGUGACGAACACCGCCACACUCAUCAUAGUCGAUGCUUUCUCUGAGCAUGCGGGGCAGUACACCUGCAGGGCAGCCAAUAACGCUGGAGAGGCCACAUGCUCCGCCGUCCUCACCAUUACCAGAGAAGAAGAAGUGACUCAUGUGAGAGAGCAGAUUGAAGCCAAGAUUGAGCAAGAAGUCAAAGAGCGUUGUAGCACCACCAUCACCACUGUGGAAGAACAAGAGGAAACCUACUACACUGGUGUCCAGUUACCACAGAAAACAAGAACACUUGAACUCAAGCCAGAGUCCAAACGUUACUCUUCCACUUUAGAGAAGAAAGAAAAGAAGCCAGUUUUCCUCAGCCAGCUCUCCCCAACUGCUGUAACCACUGGGGAAACAGCCAGGUUUACCAUCAAAGUGUCUGGCUUUCCAAAGCCGACUGUUCAAUGGUCUCACAAUGGAAAAGUGAUUAAGAGCUCCUCUAUAUACAAGCUGAUAGAGGAGAGGGAGGAGUACACGUUGGUAAUCACCAAGGUCACAUCUGAGUAUGAGGGUGAAUACUCUUGCACUGCCACCAACAGAUUUGGCGAGACAACAUGCACCACAUACCUUGAAGUGAAAAAGUCUGAUGUUAGCCAGGCAGAGAAAUGGGUUGAGAAGAUGUUUAAGGUCACAGGUCAACCUCCUACUUUCACAGUUCAGAUCGAACCUGUGAGGUGCUCAGAAGGGGGAGAGAUUUAUUUUAAUUACAAAGCCAGCGGUGAUCCAAUCCCUGAUGUGAAGUGGUUCAAGGGUGCGUUCCAGAUCCAGCCCAGUAGAAACUGUGUCAUUGUAGCCAACCCAAAUGGAUCUGGCUUCAUCAAUAUUAAGAGCAUCAAACAGGAAGACAGUGGGUUGUAUUCAUGUAAGGCCUCAAACCCGUUUGGGGAGGCGUCUUGUAGUGCUGAGCUUGUUGUGUUCAGAGAAUCAGUCUCUGUUUCUCACAAACAGGAGCAGAUGAAGGUGGUUCAGAAGAAAGGAUAUAAGGUUUCAAUGACAGAACAGGCAACUGAGUCACGCUUGUACCAGGUCAGCCUACCAGGCCAGGACAAAGCUAGGUCGGAUCAGAUGGUUUACACCAUCGGCACUGAAGACCGGCAGGUAAUUCCGAGUGAGCAAGUGGGCUCCCUUAGAGAACUAGAUAUCUCUGCUGCAACCAUUCAUCGUGAGCAGCUGACCCACCAGGCAGCAGUGCUUCAGUCUCAUGAGAUGGAGGAGAGAGUGUCUGUGGUUCCUACUCAUCCACCUCAGGUUUCAGCUGUUCCUGCGAAACAGCUUCAUAUGUCAGCGUUUACGUCGUCUGUCGAAGAGAGUCAAGACCUCAUAGAGCAACACUGUGAUCGCAUUCAAAGCCCUGAGGUCAUUGAGCUUCAGGCAGCUAGAGAAAAGAGGUUAAAGGUGAUGUCAGCUGUUGCUGAGGAGCUCACCUCACUCUCUACUGUUAGCACAGAGCCUCUGUCUGACAGGAAGCCUGCCACAGUCAGGCCAACUUCAGAACCUAAACAUCUCGUCAGUGGGCAUCAAGUUGAGUCACAACUGUCCAUCCUGAAAGAGCAGUCUCAGAACAUCCCCAAACCACAGGAGGAGAAGGGUUACAAGGUUAAGGAAGGUGUCAAGAUUUUAUACUCAGCCCAGUCCGCAGAAAAACAGGUGCUUGCAGAGGGCCACACAACUGAACUAGCAACAGCAGAUUCUGCUGUAAAGUCUUCCAUUAGAAAAGAACAGCACCGACCUGUCUUAGCAUCACUCAGCGAGUCUAAACAGACUUUUUCCAAAGAGACUAAGUUCUCCAUGCAGAGGCCCGCUGAGGAGGCAGCCCAUCUCUGUAAGGAUAAAAUGAUGAAGGCAGCUCUAACUGCUGAAGAGAAGCAAAUGCUGCAGGCUGAGCCUACUCAGCAGCUCCCUAGUCUGGACAGUGCCAUGUCCAUUCAGUCACAGGUAGAAGGAGAGCAGUUGUUGCACCUGCAGGUUAUCACAGACCAAGACCUCCUUCCAUCUGAGAGGAGCUUCACCUGUGAGAAACCAGCACCAGAGCAGGCAGGAACCAGAAAGAGUCCCACUCUGCUGCACACUGUUAGCCAAGAUGAGCAGAGGACAGUACUAUGUGAGGAUGCAUCAGAGUUUGAGGCCAAGGCUAGCACCGUGACCAUUCAGCCCCAGAAAGAGGCCCCUACUCUACUGUCACUCCAGUCAACCCAACCUGUGGAGGCGCUACCCAAAGAGGGAAUUCUCAUAAUUGAGAAGCCCGACGAGCAGGUGGCAGCACAGAAACAAGAAAAGACAAGGAGCCAUGCAGCCAUCUUGGAGGAGAGAAGGGAGCUCACAGCAGAUUACCACACAGAGCUGGAUUUGUCUGUGACUGGGGUUCAGUCUCAACUUCGAACUGAGCCCAGACCUCAAAACAUCCUCCAGCUGUCUUACCAGCCCAUGCAGCUGCCAAAGGAGACGCCGGUCACCACUGACGUCAAGCAGCAGCGGGCUUUGGUGCAGAGGGAGGAUCGCUGGAACGUGAUGCAUGUCACCAGUGUGGCAGAUAGUCACGCCCUAGAGGAGGGUCACACAGAGAGUCUUAUAGCCGUGGAUAAAUUCACCUGCCAAAUUGAUGUAGAGCCAAAAGUUCCCACUGAACCAAUCCAGAUUGAGGAGAAGGAGAUCUCCACUGAGAGUACUGUCCUUCUAGAGGCAACAGAACAGGACUUUGCUGUUAAGAUCCAAGAGGGCCAGUCAGUCAGGCAGUCGAUAGUGAUGGACGAGAAGCGAGUGCUGACAGGCGAGAUCUCUCAUGAGAUCACCAAGUCUGAGUCCACUAAAGUCGUCGUCACCUCACAGCCGAAAUUGUCCCUCAUGGCAUCAGAAUCAAAGGACAGCACAGCUCUUCCCAAAGAGAUGACAUUUGUGGUUAAGAUCCCUAAACCAUCCAGUCUGAAUAUACGGCGUCAGCUCAGAGAUGCCCUACAGUCAGCUGUGGCUAGCGACCAGCCAGUGUUGCUGGCGGAUGUUGUAGACAGGUUACAGGCUGUAGAAGUACAGGAAGUCAAGGUUCAACGAGAGCCCAAACUGGCCAUGUUCACAUAUCUCAUCACAACAACAGGUGCUCCCAUGGAGAUCACUCUGGCUUUUGAAGGUGAAUACCCUCAGACAGCUGACCUCAGGACUGAACUCCAGAAAGCUUUCCAAUCCAUAGUGUACCAGGAAGCCCAUGUUCUUACUUCAGAACAGCAGGGCACUUUGCAUCUAGACAAACCUCAAAGGGCACAGGUCACCUCGGCCCGCUCUAAGCAAAUGCUGUCAUCUAUGGUGGAGACAGUGAGUGUGGCAGAGACUACAGUGGAUUUCACUGGUGUUAAAUCUCAGGCUGCUGCACUCAAGACAGAGUCUAAAAUGGCAGCUGAAUGUGCUGCAGCUGAGCAACAGGUUGUGGUGCAGGAAUCCAAGGCAGCAAAGAUGGAACAGUCGAUCUCAUCCCAAAUCAAAGUUUCCACUGAGGCUCACAUGGCUUUCGAGCAGUCUGUACAGGUGUCAGGGCAGGAAGUGAGGUCAGUGAUGCUGAAAAGCCAAGAAAAAGAUGUAGGAGCUGCUAUUGUUACCACCACCCUGCCCCCCACCACUGUCCCCACCGAACAGGCAGUAGAUGUCAGCAUCCAGAAGGAGCACAGGGAGGAGAUCUUCAAAGAGGAGAUCAUAGUAUCCAGGCCAGAACAGAGAGAAUACCCUGUGAUAGUCACCUCCCUUAAAGACUUAUCUAUCGAAGAAGAUAGUAAAGUAACCUUUAGCACCACCAUUAAGUAUGUUACAAGAGUAAACUGGUUUUUCAAUGGACAAUUGGUGAAAUCUGGCAAAGAGUUCAAGUGUUCCAAAGACCACGACACAUACACAUUGGUUAUCAACAAAGUUGUCAAGGAGAGGCAUCAAGGAGAAUAUGUUUGUGAGGCUGAGAAUGAAGCCGGCAGGACUACAUCAUCUUCAAGGCUCACUGUGGUCUCAAGAGUGCCACCUGUCUUUAGGCAGAAAAUCACACCUCUGGAGAUAAACGUCGGCAGCCACGCCCAGUUCAAAUGUGAGAUUGAGGAUGCUCCAAGUGUGACCUUCAAAUGGUACAAGUCUGGCAUUGAGAUCAGACAGAGCGAGAAGUAUCAGAUCCUCAGCCACGACACCAGUUCCUCUCUGGAGCUCCUGAACCCAGUCAAAGCUGACAGUGGUGAAUACACCUGCAAGGCUUCAAAUCAGCAUGGCACCGACAGCUGCACUGCCUCGCUCAUUGUCACCGAACCACCUGAGUUUGUGCUGAAACUCCCUGCCACUAAAUUUGUGAAGCAUGGUGAGUCACUCCACCUGGAGUGCAAAGUCAGUGGCACAGCCCCUCUGAAAGUGACCUGGUACAAGCAUGACACCAAGGUCACAGACGGGGGAAACUACAGGACAUCAUUUGUUGACUCAGUACCAGUCCUGGAACUGCUCUCCACCAGCUUUGAUGAUGAUGGAGUUUACACCUGUGAAGCUCAGAAUGAUGCUGGCAGUGUCAGCUGCAGCAGCACACUUACUGUUAAAGACCCCCCAUCUUUUGUCAAAGUACCUCAGCCUGUUGAAGGGCUGAAGGGUAAAGACGUGAGUUUGUACUGUGAGAUGAGUGGUACAGCUCCGUUCCAGAUCACCUGGUUCAAAGACAGGAAACCUCUGAUGGAGAGCAGGAAGUAUAAGAUGGUGAGCGAGGGCAGCUCAGCUACGCUGCAUGUGACUGGGAUAGAGCCCUCAGAUGCCGGCGAAUAUGAGUGCAAAGUCUCAAACAGUGUAGGAAGUGACACCUGUCAGAUGUCAGUUAAACUCAGAGAGCCGCCAUCGUUUGUGAAGAAAUUGUCAAACAUGACAGUUAUACUGGGAGAGGAGGUGACCCUUGUGGCCACUGUUAAAGGCUCUGAACCCAUUACUGUGUCCUGGGUUCAAGACAAGGAUCACAUUCUCAGGGACGGUGACAACAGGAAAAUCACCUUUGAGAACAACCAGGUUGCUCUUAAAGUCUUUAAGGCCGAUGCAGCCACGGCAGGCAAAUACACCUGCCAACUCAGAAACGAUGCUGGGAGUGUGGAGUGUUUCGCUAACUUGACUGUUCUAGAACCUGCUAAAAUAGUGGAUAAGCCUGAUGCCCUGAGUGUGACGGCAGGUGAUUUAGCCGCCCUAGAGGUCAAAGUGUGUGGAACCCCAGAGCUCAUACCUAAGUGGUUCAAGGAUGGCACGGAGCUGGCCACCGGGAAGAAAUACAAAAUCUCAUUUUCUCGGAUGAUUUCCAGCUUGAACGUGCUCUCUGCUGAGAAAAAGGACUCUGGAGAAUACACAUUUGAGGUUAUGAACGAGGUCGGGAAGGACCUGAGUAAAAUUAAUCUCACCGUUUUAGAUAAGAUCAUACCUCCAACAUUCUCAAGGACGUUAAAGGAUUGUAACACAGUUGUUGGAAAAGCUGGAGAGAUGGAGUGCAAAGUGUCGGGCUCCCCACCUUUUACCAUCUCAUGGUACCAUGAUGGGGAGGAGAUACAAAGCGGGCCAAAUUAUGAAAUUUCAUUCAGCGAAAACAGCUGCAUGCUCAAAGUGCCCACGCUGAAGCUGUCCGACUCUGGAGUGUAUAAAUGUAAAGCUGUCAACAAGGCAGGAUCCAGUGAAACCACAGCCUCCUUGGUUGUCAAGGAACCUCCAUCUUUCGUGGUGCCACCACAGCCGGUGGAUGCAAUGCCAGGCUCUAACGUGACUUUCUCAGCCAUGGUGAAAGGCAGCGCCCCCCUCAAACUGAAGUGGUUCAGAGGAACAAAGGAAAUGCUGGCUGGACAGGGCUGUGAUUUCUCCCUGAAGGAUAACCAGGUUAUUUUGGAGCUUUUCAACGUGGUCAGCUCUCAUGCUGGAGAGUACACAUGUCAGAUCAUUAAUGAUGCUGGAAAGGAAAGCUGCCCAGUUAAUCUCACUGUCAAAGAGCCAGCAGCCUUCUCCAAGAAGCUGAAGGACGUAUCAGUUGAGAAGGGAAAACCUUUAGCUCUGGAGUGUACGUACACUGGAACUCCAAAGAUCACAGUGAACUGGUUCAAAGACGGCCAGCAGAUCUUCGCUUCUUACAAAUACAACAUCACCACGACUGAAAGCUCCUGCAUCCUGGAGUGUCUCAGUACUGACGACAAGGAGGCCGCAGGAAAAUACAGCUGCGAAGUGUCCAACGAUGCUGGAAAGGACACAUGUGAGGCAGCUGUGUCCAUCCUUGAGCCGCCGUACUUCGUCGAGUCUCUGGAGCCCAUGGAGGUGACCGCUGGAGACGCCGUGUGUCUGAAGUGUCAGGUGGCGGGCACACCCGAGAUCAAGGUGGCCUGGUUCAAAGCCGAUGGCAAAGUCCGGUCCAGCCCCACCUGUAAGUUGGAAUAUUUAAAGGGUGUCGCCUGUCUGAAGCUCAGCAAAGCCACCAAGGCCGACAUCGGAGAGUACACCUGCAAGGCAGAGAACCGGAUCGGUUCCGCCAGCUCCUCCUGCAGACUCAAUGUGCUAGAGGCCAAAACGCCACCGUCCUUCCCCAAGAAAAUCACCAGCCUGCAGCAGACGGAGGGUCAGCCGAUCAGGUUCGAGUGCCGCGUCGCCGGCUCGUCGCCCAUCGAGGUGUCGUGGCUGAAAGACGGCGAGCCUCUGAGGCAGGGAGACGAGUUCUCUAUGCUGUACGACGACAACACAGCUGUGCUGCAGAUCAGCCACAGCGAGAUGAGGCACUCUGGCGAGUACGCCUGCGUGGCCACCAACAGCGUGGGCUCGGCCUCCUGCAGAGCCAAGCUCACCCUACAAGAGCGUAAAAACCCCCCGGUGUUCACCAAGAAGCCCUCGGAGAACAUCGAGGACACGGAAGGCAAACUGGUGAAGAUCGAGGGCCGAGUCUCCGGCUCGCAGCCCAUGUCUGUCAGCUGGUUCAAAGACGACACGGAGAUCCACAGCUCCACCAAAUACGACAUCAGCUUUAAGAGUAACGUGGCCGUGCUGUGCAUUAAGAGCAGCCAGGUGAGCGACAGCGGCAGGUACUCCUGCCAGGCCUCCAACGAAGCUGGAAGAGCCUCCUGCGACGUCGCUGUGGGCAUCUUGGAAGCCAAGAAGCCUCCAGUCUUCGAUGUCCCCCUCAAACCGGUGACUGUGAACGGAGGCGAGAAGGUGAGCCUCAGGUGUCACGUCUGCGGGUCUCCUCCUCUGAAGAUCCAGUGGAUGAAAGACAGGAAAGACCUGAUUUCGGCCGGCAGCACCAGAAUCAGCUUCUCUGACGGGACGGCCUGCCUGGAGAUCAGCGCGGCCUCCAGACACGACGCUGGCGAUUACCUCUGCAAGGCCACCAAUGACGCCGGCAGCCAGUUCUGCAAGGCCAAAGUCACCGUGAAAGAAAAACCAGGAGCAGCACCACCUCCUGCUGAAGCUCCAGCUGCAGUUUCAACCAAAAAACUGGACAACCUGUUCUUCAUCGAGGAACCCAAAACUUCACACGUCACUGAGAAGGGCACCGCUACCUUCAUCGCAAAGGUGGGCGGCGACCCCAUCCCCAGCGUGAAGUGGAUGAAGGGGAAGUGGAGGCAGAUCACACAUGGUGGGCGGAUCUCCCUCGAGCAGAAAGGCCAGGAGGCCAAACUCGAGAUCAGAGAGGUGACCAAGUCGGACUCAGGUCAGUACAGGUGUGUCGCCUCCAACAAGCACGGAGAGAUCGAGUGCAGCGCCAACAUGCGCGUGGAAGAAAAGAAAGAGCUGGCGCUUCUCGAGGGAGACCUCCGAGCCAAACUGAAGAAGACGCCAUCAAAGCAGAAGAGUCCACAAGAGGAGAAGGACAUUGAUAUUGUUGAGCUUUUGAGGAACGUUGACCCCAAAGAGUACGAGAAAUAUGCCCGAAUGUAUGGAAUCACCGACUAUCGUGGCCUGCUGCAGGCCAUCGAGCAGCUGAAGAAGGAGAAAGCUGAAGAAAGUGGAAGACCGGAACUGGAACGUGGAGACAGAGAAUCUGAUGAGGACAUGGCCCGACUGGUGGCUGACCUGCAGAAGAGGAUGGAGCGGACAGAGCCUGUCACCGUGGUGAAGGACAUCUUCGAUCAGUCCGUCCUCACCAACAAGGAGGCACUGUUCGAGUGCGAGAUCAAAAUCAACUACCCAGAGAUCACCCUGUCCUGGUACAAGGGCACACAGAAACUGGACACCAGCGACAAGUAUGACAUCAGCAUCAGCGGUGAUCGCCACCUCCUCAAGAUCAAGAAGUGCCAGUCGUCUGACCAGGGCAACUACCGAGUGGUCUGUGGACCACACAUCUCCAGUGCCAAGCUCACUGUCAUGGAAGCAGAGGUUGAGAAGCAUCUGCAAGACACAUCGGGUAAGGAAGGGCAGUCGUGUACUCUGUCUUGUCAGUUGUCCAUCCCUAAUGUAGAGGCUCAGUGGUUUAAAAACGGCAAGCAGUUAGACAUGAAGGGCAGGUACACGUCUGAGGUGAAACACAAGGUUCAGAAGCUUCUGAUCAGAGACCUGAAGCCUGAAGACCAGGGUCGAUACAGCUGCAGAUACCAGCACCUGGAGUCCUCCGCCGACCUCUGGGUGGAAGCUGAACAAAUUCAUUUCACCAAACGCAUCCACAACGUUGAAGUCAACGAGCUCCAGUCUGCCACCUUUGAGUGUGAGGUGUCCUUCGACAAUGCUAUCGUUUCAUGGUACAAAGACACCUGGGAACUGAAAGAGAGCCCUAAGUACAACUUCACAAGUGAGGGCCGAAGACAUUUCAUGGUCAUCCGAAACGUGACCAUUGAAGAUGAAGGCGUGUACUCAGUGAUUGUGAGGUUGGAGCCCAGAGGAGAGGCUAAGAGCACAGCUGAGCUUUAUUUGUCUGGCAAAGAAAUUGAAUUAGCAAUGGUGCCCUGUGAUGUCCCAGACUCCUCAGUUCAGAGGCCUGAAGUGCCCUCAUCAGUGGCAAUUCAAGAAUCUGCUGAAUUCUAUCAUUAUGAAGAAGAGAUUAAACAUAGAGAAUCAGCUGAAUAUACAUAUCACUAUGAAGAGGAGAUGGAGGUGGAGCAAAGAGCUGAGUAUCAGAGCUGGACAGAGGAGACAGUAACACAGCAGGUGUCCACAACCAAAGCUGCCAGAGUUCCCCUUGUGGAGACAGUGGAGACCAAGAAAGUUGGAAUGAGUGAAGAAAUCCCAACAAAAGUUCCCAAAGCUGAGAAAAAGCCUGAAGAAAAACCGACACCAGCUAUGAAGGAGCCGACACCACCGAAAGUACUGGAGGCCAAAAAGCCAAUGGAGGAAAAGGUUCCCCUAGUUUCAGUCUCAGAGAAGAAGGAAGUUCCUGCUCCCAAAGAACUGGAGGAGAUUGAGAAGCCUGCUGCUGCUCCCUUGAUGCCUGCUGAAAAGCCUGGAGUGCCAAAGAAAGAUGAGCCCAAGCCUCAGGUACCAGCAGAGCCCAAAAAAGUGGCACCUGCAGUUAAGCCUGAACCUGAACCAAAGCCCAAACCGAAAGCAGAACCUGAACCAAAGCCUAGGCCCACAUCAACUCCCAAAGCAGAACCUGAAGCCAAACCUGGGAAGAUUGAGCCAGAGCCUGAAACUAAGCCGGCACCAGUAAAGAAGCCAACGAUUCAACCGUCCAAAGUUCCUGUGAAGGAGAAGGAGUCACCACCACAAGUCAAAGAACCACUGGUAAAGCCAGCUGCUCUUCAAAAAGAUGAAACCAAGGGACCCGUCCAAGCACCGGGAGGAGUUAAGAAAGAGGGAAAACCAGUAGAGGAAGCAGGAAGAGGUAGAGGUAGAGGGCUGAAACCCAAGAAGACCCCAUCCCCGGGAGAAGGCAGGGGCCGCGGCUUGAGGCCUGGCGGAAGAGGUACCCCACCACCGGAGGAACCUUUCGGAGGAUUCAAGCUCAAAGCUGUCCCUCUGAAGUUCAUCAAGAAGCUUAAGGACAUCGUGCUGAAGGAAGCCGAGUCUAUUGGCUCGUCUGCUGUGUUUGAGUGCGAGGUCUCGCCCUCCACUGCCACCACUUCAUGGAUGAAAGAUGACAGCAAUCUGCGUGAGAGCCCCAAGCACAAGUUCACUUCUGACGGCAAAGAUCGCAAGUUGAACAUUAUUGAUGUCCAGCUGUCCGACACUGGUGAAUAUACCUGUGUGGCCAAAAAUGCUGGCAAGGAAAUACUAUGCACAGCCAAGCUCAUUGUUGAAGAGCUACCUGUCAAAUGGAUCAAAGAACUGGAGGAGGAGACUUCAGCUUUUAAGGGUCAGCCUCUGUACAUGACCUGUGAGCUGAACAAAGAGAGAGAUGUGAUAUGGAAGAAGAAUGGCGAGAUCCUGCAGAAAAAGGCCAACAAGAUUCAGAUCAAUGUCAUUGGCAUGCAACACGCUGUGACCAUCCAGAACUCCCUAGAGGAGGAUGCUGGUUCCUACUCAUGUGAAGUGGCUGGCCAGGAGGAUAUCAAGACUACAACAAAGGUCAAAGUAACUGAAAUCAUCAAAGAUUGGAUUGUGAGACCGCUGAAAGAUCAGCAUGUGAAACCGAAGGCUGCUGCUACAUUUAAAUGCGAGCUAUUCAAGGACACCCCCAACUGGAAGUGGCUCAAAGGAGAGAAUGAGGUCACUCCUUCUGACAAGAUUGAGAUCAAGAAGGAUGGAAAGGAGCUGACACUCACUAUCAAGAACUGUCAACCUGAUGACGUAGCAGAAUAUGCCAUGGAGGUGGAAGGACGCAUCUACACUGCCAAGCUAACACUAGGAGAGCGGGAGGCUCAGAUCCUGAAGCCCUUGGUCAGCAUUGAGGUGGUUGAGAAGGAAGAUGCCAUAUUUGAGACAGAGAUCUCUGAGGAGGAUAUUCCAGGGGAAUGGAAGCUCAAAGGAGAGGUUUUGACCAGAUCCCCGAUGUGCGACAUCCAAAUGGAGGGUGCAGUUCGAAGGCUCAAACUGAAAAAUUGCCAGCUGGAUCAGGCCGGAGAAGUGUCCUACCAGGCUCUGAAUGCCAUAACCACUGCAAUGCUCAAUGUCAAAGAAAUCGAAAUGGACUUUGUUGUCCCGCUGAAGGAUGUUUCUGUGCCUGAAAAGAAACAGGCUAAGUUUGAAUGCACCAUCACGAAGGAUGUCUCUAAGGUCAUGUGGUAUAGAGGGGCUGACAUCAUCAGCCCAGACCAAAAGUAUGACAUCAUCGAUGAUGGAAAGAAACACAUGCUUAUCAUAAACUGCUGUGAGUUUGAUGACGAGGAUGAUUAUACAAUUGAGGUUUUGGGCAAAACUUCAAAAGCUAGACUCAAAGUGGAGGGUAUCAGGCUCAAAUUUAUCUCACCGAUAAAGGACCAAACUGUAAAGGAAGGCAAAACAGCUCGGUUCGAGCUGGAACUCUCUCAUGAGAACAUCCCCGUCACCUGGUACAAGAACGACGUUAAAAUUCAUCCGAGCAGAACAGUGGUCACUCAUGUGGACGGAAAAAAAUACGUGCUAGAAAUAAGGGAAGUGACUCUAGAUGAUACGUGCCAGAUUAAGGCUGAGGCCAAAGGAAUUCCUUCCAUGGCCAACCUGACGGUCAUAGAGGGAGAUGCGUACUUCACGGUUAAGCUGCAGGACUAUACUGCAGUGGAGAGAGACGAGGUGGUUCUAGAUUGUGAGCUCAACAAAGACGUCAAUGUCAUGUGGUACCACAAUGAGGCUGAGAUCAAGGCCUCUAAGAUGGUGGCCAUUAAGGCUGUGGACAAACGCAGAACCCUUGUCAUCAAGCGAGUUGGGGACAAAGACAAAGGACAGUACGUAUGUGACUGUGGAACAGACAAGACAACUGCAACACUGCACAUUGAAGCUCGCCACAUCAAGGUGGUUCGACCGAUGUAUGGCGCUGAAGUGUUUGACGGAGAGACCGCACGAUUUGAAGUAGAGCUUAGUGAGGAUGAUGUCCAUGGCCAGUGGAAACUGAACGGAGAGGUCCUCAGCCCAUCCGCUGACAUUGAGAUUGUGGAGGAUGGUGCCAAACACACUCUGGUCUUGUACAACUGCAAACUGCCUCAGACAGGCGAGGUGGUGUUUACCGCUGCCAACGCCAAGUGUUCUGCAAACCUGAAAGUGAAGGAACUCCCAAUCUCAUUCAUUACACCUCUGGCUGAUGUAUACGUGUACGAAAAGGAUGAGGCAAAGUUUGAACUGGAAAUUUCUAGAGAGCCCAAAAGCUUCCGUUGGCUAAAGGGAUCUCAGGAGUUGUCAAGCGAUGACAAGUAUGAACUCCUGGUAGAGGGAAAGAGGCACACUCUUAUUGUAAAAUCUGCCAAAUAUGAAGACGAAGCCAAAUACAUGUUUGAGGCUGAAGAUAAGAGGACAUCUGGAAAGUUGAUUAUUAAAGGUAUUCGCCUCGAAUUUAUCAAGCCAAUUAAAGACGUGACUGUUAAGGAACGAGAAACUGCAGAGUUCAGCGUUGAACUCUCUCACGAAAAAAUCCCGGUGGUCUGGUACAAAAAUGACAUCCGUCUGCACCCCAGCAAGAUGGUGCACAUGUCGGAGGACGGAAAAGUCCACACACUGGCCUUCAAGGAGGUCACCAUCGACGACACCUCCAUGAUCAAAGUCGAGGCCAUGGGCAAGACGUCAGAGGCCAUGCUCACUGUGCUCGAAGGCGACCUGUACUUCACAUUCAAGCUCCAGAACUACACCGCCGUUGAGAAGGACGAGGUGAUUUUGUCCUGUGAGCUGAGCAAAGCUGCCGGCGAGGUCCGGUGGUUCAAAGAUGGUAACGAAAUCUUUCCAUCCAAGAACAUUCUCUUCCAAUCGGACGGCAAGAAGCGCAUGUUGGUCAUCAAGAAGGCAGCGAAGAGCAACAUGGGAGCGUACACCUGCGAUUGUGGCACCGACAAAACCACAGCCGACCUGAACAUCGAAGAGCGCGACAUCAAGGUUGUUCGUCCACUGUACAGCGUGGAGGUCACAGAGACAGAGACGGCCAUGUUUGAGACGGAGAUUUCUGAGGAGGAGCUUCACGCCACCUGGAAACUGAAGGGAGAGACACUCCAGCCGUCUGCUGAGGUGGAGAUCAAGGAGGAGGGACCUCGACACAUGUUGAUCCUCUUUAACUGCAGAAUGGACAUGGCCGGAGGUGUCGACUUCUCGGCAGCGAAUGCCAGAUCCUCAGCUCAGCUCAGGGUCAAAGCCCGAGUGAUCGGCCUGAUGAGGCCUCUGAAGGAUAUCACCGUGACCGCUGGGGAGACCGCCACCUUUGAGUGCGAGCUGUCAUACGAAGGCAUCGCUGUCGAGUGGUUCCUGGGGGGUACAAAGCUGGAACCAAGUGACAGAGUGGUGUUGAAGGCGGAAGGUAAAGUCCACAGCCUGACUCUGCGAGACGUCCAGCAGAAUGAAGCUGGGCAGGUCAAACUCACCGCCAAAGACUUCCAGACUGAGGCCAGCCUCAUCGUCAGAGAGCCGCCAGUGGAGUUCACAAAGCCUCUGGAGGACCAGACGGUGGAGGAGGAAGCCACCGCCACACUGGAGUGUGAAGUUUCCAGAGAGAACGCUGAGGUGCGAUGGUUCAGGGACGGACAGGAGCUCAGAAAGACCAAGAAGUAUGAGAUGAUUGUCGACGGCCGCAAGAGAGCGCUGGUCAUCCACGACUGCACUCUGGACGACUCGAGGACAUACACUUGUGAUGCUAAAGACUUCAAAACCUCCUGCUUCCUCAGCGUUGAACCUCCACAUGUCGAGUUCACGAAGCCGCUCCAUGAUGUCGAGGUCAGAGAGAAGGAAUCCGCCAGAUUUGAAUGUGAAGUCUCCAGAGAGAACGUCAAAGUCCGCUGGUUUAAGGAUGGAAGUGAAAUCAGAAAGGGGAAGAAGUACGAAAUUAUCGCUCAAGGUCGCCAACACAUUCUCAUCGUGCACAAGUCCGUGUUUGACGAUGAGGCUGAAUACGAAUGUGACGCAAAGACUUCCAAAUCUUCCGGCAUGCUCACUGUCGUCGAGGAGGAGGCGAGGUUCACCAAGAACCUGUCCAACGUGGAGGGAACAGAGACGGACAGCGUGAAACUGAUCUGCGAGGUCUCCAAACCCGGUGCUGAUGUUACCUGGUACAAAGGAGACGAGGAGCUGCCGGAGGGCGGCCGCUAUGACCACAUCGUCGACGGGAAGAGGAGGAUCCUCCUCAUCCAGGACCUGAAGAUGACCGACGCUGGAGAGUACAACUGCAGGCUGAGCCCCAGCAUCAAAACCUCCGCAAAUCUCAGGAUUAAUGAGCUGGCCGCUGAGUUCACCUCUAGGCCUCGGGGCCAGGAGGUGGUGGAGGGCGAGAAGGCGCAGUUCACCUGCUCCGUCUCCAAGGACACCUUCGAGGUCAAAUGGCUGAAGGGUGACAAGGAGCUGGAGACAGGAGACAAAUACCAGAUGGUCAGCGAUGGCAAGCGACGAACUCUGGUCAUCAAGGACUGCGAGCUCAAAGACGAGGGCGGAUACGUGGUGUUGAUCGGACCGACCAGAGCCAGUGCCGACCUCACAGUGCUCGAGAAACUGAGGAUCAUCACACCGCUGAAGGACACGGAGGGCAGUGAAGGUCAGGAGGUCGUGCUGAACUGCGAGGUGAACACAGAGGGAGCGAAGGCCAAGUGGCUGAAGAACGAGGAGACGUUGUUUGAGAGCAGCAAGUACGUGAUGUUCCAGAGAGACAACGUCUUCUCUCUGAGGAUCAGAGAUGCCCAGAAGGGAGAUGAAGCCAACUACAGCAUCAACCUGCACAAUCAGAGAGGAGAGCAGGCCAAAAGCUCCUGCAACCUCACCGUCAAAGAGGAGAGUCUGCGGAUCGUGGUUCCUCUUGAGGACAUCGACACUCAGGAGAAGAAGACUGUCAGCUUCUCCUGUAAGGUCAACAGGCCCAACGCCACUCUGAAGUGGAUGAAGGCCGGCGAGGAGAUCGCCUUCAGCAAACGCAUCGUCUACAGAGUGGACAAAGAGAAGCACACACUGACCAUCAAAGACUGCACGCUGGCCGACGAGGGCGACUACACCGCCGUGGCUGGAGACGACAAGUCCACCGCAGAACUGAUCAUCAGCGAGGCACCGACGGACUUCAGCGUGCACCUGAAGGACCAGACCAUCACCGAGUUCGAAGAUGCAGAGUUUUCAUGCAAGUUGACCAAAGAGAAAGCAGAUGUCAAGUGGUACAGAAACGGACGUGAGAUCAGAGAAGGACCCAGAUACACAUUUGAAAAAGAUGGAAAGAUUUGCACCUUGCGUAUAAAGGAGUGCAGACCUGAUGAUGAGUGUGAAUAUGCCUGUGGUGUAGACGAGAAGAGAUCCAGAGCCAGGCUCUUUGUUGAAGAGACCCCAGUGGAGAUCAUCAGACCACCACAGGACGUGUUCGAACCUCCAGGCUCGGACGUUGUGUUCGAGGUGGAGCUCAACAAGGACAGAGUGGAGGUGAAGUGGUUGAGGAACAAUAUGACAGUUGUCCAGGGAGACAAAUACCAGAUGAUGAGCGAGGGUAAAGUCCACAGACUUCAGGUCUGUGAGAUCAGACCCCGAGACCAGGGAGAGUACAGAGUCAUCGUCAAGGACAAAGACGCCAAGGCCAAGCUGGAGCUGGCAGCUGUGCCUCAAAUAAAGACCAUGGACCAGAGCUACGUCACAGAUGUUGGGAAGCCCAUUGUUAUGGCCGUACCCUACACUGCCUACCCGAAGGCUGAGGCCAACUGGCUGUACAGCAACCUGAGUCUGCCCAAAGACAACAUUCAUACCUCCGUCGACCUCACAGAGUACCGGCUGAAGGACCCCAAGAAGUCCGACGAGGGCCGCUACAAGAUCAUCAUCAAGAACAAACACGGAGAGGGGGAAGCUUUCAUCAGCUUGGACGUCAUUGAUGUCCCGGGGCCCGUGAAGAACCUGAAGGUGAUUGACACGGCAGACGGCGAGGUCAGCCUGUCAUGGGAGGAACCCGAGAGUGACGGCGGCAGUAAGGUCAUUGGCUACGUGGUGGAGAGACGCGACGUGAAGCGUAAGACCUGGACACUGGCCACCGACCAUGCCGAUAGUCCAGAGUACACGGUGACUGGCCUCCAGAAGGACUCCAUGUACCUGUUCAGAGUCUGCGCCCGAAACCGGGUGGGCAGUGGACCUAAUGUAGAGACUGACAAACCUGUACAGGCCAAGAACAAGUUUGAUGUUCCCGAUGCUCCUCUAAACGUGAUUGUGGGCAACGUCACCAAGUUUGGCUGCACUGUCUCCUGGGAGCCUCCCGAGUCAGACGGUGGCUCUCCCAUCACCUCUUACAUCAUUGAACUGCGCGACCGGACGUCGGUGAAGUGGUCGCCCAUCCAGGUGACCAAAGCCGACGAGCUCAGCGCCAUCAUCAACGACGUCAUUGAGAACAAAGAGUACAUCUUCAGAGUCAGAGCCGAGAACAAAGCCGGUGUCGGCAAGCCCAGCGCCGCCACACAGCCCGUCAAGAUCAUGGAUCCUAUCGAGCGUCCCAGUCCCCCUCUUAACCUGUCCUGGCAGGACCAGAACAAGAGCUCAGUGCAGCUCUCCUGGGAGACGCCCCUUAGGAACGGAGGCAGCAUCAUCACCGGAUACAUCAUCGAACGCUGCGAGGACGGCAGUGGAAAGUGGCUCCGCUGCAACGCCCGCCUCUGCCCUGACCUCAACUACAAGGUGUCUGGUCUGAAAUACGGAACCAGUUACAACUACAGAGUGUUUGCUGAAAAUGCCGCCGGAGUCUCUGACCCGUCAAACAUCAUCGGACCUCUGCUGGCUGAUGACUUGCAUGUUGGUCCAACCUUUGACCUGAGCGCUUUCAAAGACGGCCUGGAGGUGAUCGUCCCCCACCCUCUCAUCAUCAGAGUCCCCAUCACCGGAUACCCGACUCCCGUCGCCAAGUGGACCUUCGGAGAGAAGGAGCUGACCACCGCUGACGAGCGUGUCUCCCUGAUGACCAAGUCCACAUUCACAGAACUGAUGGUCACGCCAAGCGUCCGCCCGGACAAAGGCAUCUACUCCUUGCAACUGGAGAACGACGUCACAUCUGUCACUGGAGAGAUCGAAGUCAACGUCAUCGCUGCGCCCAGCGCACCAAAGGACUUCAAGGUCCUGGAGGUGACACGGCAGCACGUCCACCUGAGCUGGGAGGCCCCGGAGCACGAUGGAGGAAGUCCUCUGACAGGCUACCAGGUGGAGAAACGGGACGUGUCACGCAAGACCUGGGUCAAGGUGGUCACAGGUAUCCAGGAUCAGGAGUUCACCGUCACCGACGUGGUUGAAGGGAAGGAGUAUCUGUUCAGGGUCACUGCCUGCAACAAGUGUGGACCAGGAGAGCCAGCGUACAUUGACGAGCCCGUCAAUGUCUCCUCUCCUGCCACUGUCCCCGACCCUCCAGAGAACCUGAGGUGGAGAGACAAGUCGGCCAGUGGCAUCUUCCUGACAUGGGAGCCACCGAAGUACGACGGUGGCAGUAGCAUCCGAGGAUACAAUGUGGACCGCUGCCAGAGAGGAAUGGAUAAGUGGGAGCCCUGCGGGGACCUUGUGCCCGAGCUGAAGUGCCAGGUGACGGGUCUGAUUGAGGGCCAGUGGUACUCCUACAGAGUCCGAGCCCUGAACCGACUCGGAGCCAGCCGGCCCUGCAAGGCCACCGACGAGAUCCAGGCUGUUGAUCCCAAAGAACCUCCGGAGAUUAAUCUUGACGCAAAGCUGCUGGCCGGUCUGACCGCCAAGGCAGGCAGCAAGAUCGAGCUCCCCGCCGAGGUAACAGGUAAGCCCGAACCCCGGGUGAAGUGGACCAAAGCUGACCUGGUCCUCAAACCGGACGACAGGGUGUCCAUUGACACCAAACCAGGACACUCCACCGUCACUAUUGCCAAGACCAAGAGACACGACAGCUCCACCUACAUCAUCGAGGCCACCAACAGCAGUGGCCGUGCCACUGCAACUGUCGAUGUCAACAUCCUCGAUAAGCCUGGUCCUCCGGCUGCCUUCGACAUCUCUGAAAUCACCAACGAGUCCUGCUUCUUGGCCUGGAACCCUCCACGUGACGACGGUGGCUCCAGAGUCACCAACUAUAUUGUCGAGCGCCGAGCUACCGACAGUGAGAUCUGGCACCGGCUGUCCUCCACCGUCAAACAGACCACGUACAAAGCCGUGGGCCUGGUCAAGUUCAAGGAGUACAUCUUCAGAGUCUUCGCUGAGAACCAGUUUGGUGUUGGCCCACCGGUUGAAAACCCAUCCAUCAUCGCCAGAUACCCCUUCGACACUCCUGGAGCUCCUUAUAAAUUGGUGGCUUCGGACAUCGCCAAGGACUCGCUCACUCUGGCCUGGUAUGAGCCUGAUGAGGACGGAGGAAGCCCCAUCACAGGAUACUGGGUGGAGAGAUAUGAACCUGACCACGACAAGUGGAUCAGAUGCAACAAGCUACCCAUCAAAGACACCAACUACAGAGUCAAAGGUCUUCCCACCAGGAAGAAAUACAAGUUCAGAGUACUGGCUGAGAAUUUGGCUGGAACUGGAAAACCCAGCAAGGAGACAGAUCUGAUCCUCGUCAAAGAUCCUAUUGAUCCUCCAUGGCCUCCUGGUAAACCCACCGUGAAGGAUGUGGCUAAGACUUCCUGCUUCCUGAUGUGGACCAAACCGGAGCAUGAUGGCGGAGCAAAGAUCGACGGCUACGUCAUUGAGAUGCUGAAGAGCGGUACCAUGGACUGGAUCCGCGUGGCAGAGAACAUCAGCAUCCUGGAGCACUUCCUGAAGGGCCUAAUGGAGAAGCAGGAGUACUCGUUCAGAGUGCGGGCUGUUAACGUGGCUGGAGAGAGUGAACCCAGCGAGCCCAGUGACCCAGUGCUCUGCAAAGAGAGACUCAACCCUCCUACGGCUCCUCGCUGGUUGGACGUCGUCAACAUCAGCAGAAACAGCGCCGAGUUGAAGUGGACAGUGCCCGAGCGCGAUGGAGGCUCACCCAUCACCAACUAUGUGGUGGAGAAGCGUGACGUCAGGCGUAAAGGCUGGCAGGUUGUGGACACCACAGUCAAGGAGCUGAAGUAUACUGUGACCCCACUCAACGAAGGAUCACUGUACGUGUUCCGCGUCGCUGCCGAGAAUGUCGUGGGUGUCGGACCGUUCUGUGAGCUGGAGGACUCUGUGCUGGCCAAAGACACUUUCACUACUCCUGGGCCUCCGUACGCCCUAGCUGUCGAUGCUGUCACCAAAAGAUAUGUGGACCUUCAGUGGGAGGCACCUAAAAACGAUGGUGGCAGACCCAUCCUCAGGUAUUCCAUUGAGAAGAAGGAGAAGCUUGGAACUCGCUGGGUUAAAUGCGGGAAAACUUCAGGUCCGGACUGUAAGUACAGAGUGACAGAUGUCAUCGAGGGAACAGAGGUUCAGUUCCAGGUCUGCGCUGAGAACGAGGCCGGUGUCGGACAUCCGAGCGAACCAACCGAGAUCCUCACCAUCGAAGAUCCAACAGGUGUCCCAUCACCGCCCAUCGAGCUGCACGUGACCGGAGCCAGCCGGGACUUCCUUUCCAUCGCCUGGAAACCUCCGCAGAGAGAUGGGGGCUGUCGCAUCACCGGCUACCACAUCGAGAUGUGCGAGGCUGGAACAGAGAAGUGGAUGAGGGUCAAUUCCCGUCCAGUGAAGGAGCUGAAGUACCGCGUAGAGGAAGGUGUGGUCCCCGAGAAAGAGUACAUCCUGAGAGUGAGGGCAAUCAACGCUGUCGGAGUUAGCGAGCCCUCCGACAUCUCCGAGAAUGUUUUCGCCAAAGACCCUGACUGUAACCCGACACUGGAUUUCAACACUCUGGACCUGGUUGUUGUGGAAAAGGAGAAGCUACACAUCCCAGUUCCCUUCAGAGCCGUUCCCUCACCCAGAAUCACCUGGCACAAAGACGGCAAGGAGCUGAAGGCCAGCGAACGCCUCGGCUUCAGGAAGGAGUAUACUUCCUGUCACCUGGAGAUUGACUGCAGCCUACAUGCUGAUGCCGGAGUGUACAAAGUGACUCUGGAGAACACACUGGGAGCCGCCAGCGCCACCAUCAAUGUCAAAGUCAUCGGUCUUCCUGGUCCCUGUAAGGAGAUUGUGGCCUCCGAGAUCACAAAGAGCUCCUGUAAAUUGUCCUGGGAUCCUCCAGACUACGAUGGCGGCAGCCCGAUUCUUCACUACGUCCUGCAGCGGCGUGAGGCCGGCAGGAGGACAUACGUCAAUAUGAUGUCUGGAGAGAACAAGUUGAGGUGGACCGUCAAAGACCUCAUCCCCAGCGGAGAGUACUACUUCAGAGUCCAGGCCGUCAACAAGAUCGGAGGAGGAGAGUUCAUCGAGCUACGCAACCCGGUCAUUGCAGAGGACCAGAAACAUGCUCCCGACCCACCGGUAGAUGUCGAGACCCACAACCCCACGUCCAGCACCGUCACUCUGACCUGGAAGCCUCCCAUGUAUGACGGCGGCUCCAAGAUCAUGGGCUACGUCCUGGAGAAGCAGCAGAGGGGCGAGGACAAAUGGGAGAGGUGCAACGACUUCCUGGUGCCCGUCCUGUCCUACACUGUCAGAGGACUGACGGAGGGCAAGAGCUACACUUUCAGAGUCAAAGCCGAAAACGCGGCUGGAGUCAGCGAGCCGUCACGCAACACACCGUUCGUCAAGGCCUCGGACGCCAUUGAUCCUCCAAAGGUUUUCCUGAGCGGCAGCCUGCAGUCCGGUCUCAGUGUGAAGCGAGGCUACGAGAUCUGCCUGGAUGCCAACAUUUCCGGUUCGCCAUACCCUGAGAUCACCUGGUACUGGAACAACCAGGUGAUCCGGCCUGAGCCGCUCCGCAAGAGGACAGCAAAGCCCCUGAAGAAGAAGGUAGAGAAGAAGGUGGAGGAGAAGAAGGAGGAGGAGAAGAAGGAGGAUGGUGAGGCCGUGAAGAAAGAGGAGAAGAAGGAGGGAGAGGUGAAUGAAGGAGAGGAGAAGAAGGAGGCGGAAGCCGCAGAGCCGGAGGUGGAGGAGUCCGACUACCCGACGAUAAACGAGCGUCUAACCAUCAACAACAGACGCAGGGGCACGUCCUCCGUUGUCAUCAAGGACUCAAUUCGCCCCGACCACGGCAUCUACAUGGUGAAGGUGGAGAACGACCACGGCAUGGCCUCGGCAACCUGCGAGGUCAACGUGCUCGAUACUCCCGGUCCGCCUGUGAACUUCAGUUUCGAGGAGGUGAGGAAGAACUCUGUGAUCUGCAAGUGGGAUCCCCCUCUGGAUGAUGGUGGCAGCGAGAUCCUCAACUACACUCUGGAGAAGAAGGACAACUCGAGGCUGGAGAUCGGCUGGAUCACCGUCACCUCUACACUGAGAGGAUGCCGCUACCUGGUCCCCAAACUCAUUGAGAAGAAGGAGUACAUAUUCAGGGUUGUCGCCGAAAACAAGUUUGGUGCUGGUCCUCCUUGUGUCUCCAAGCCACUCAUCGCCAAGAAUCCUUUUGAACCUCCCGAGGCUCCUGAUAAGCCACAGAUUGCUGAUAUCACGGCCCACAGCAUGCUGGUCACGUGGAACGAGCCGAACGACAACGGCAGCCCCAUCUUGGGAUACUGGGUGGAGCGUCGCGAGAUCAACAGCUCACACUGGGCACGUGUUAACAGGAACAUUGUCCCCGAUACUGAGCUGAAUGUUGAAGGUCUGCUGGAGGGGAUGACUUACAUCUUCAGGGUGGCAGCUGAAAACCAGGCCGGCCCAGGAAAGUUCAGCGUCCCCUCUGAACCCAAGACGGCCCAGGCUCCGAUAUUACCUCCUGGACCACCAGUUGCCCGGGUGGUGGCGACCACCGACUACUCCAUUGAUGUAGAGUGGGACCCACCUGCUGACAAUGGUGGAGGAGAGAUCCUGGGAUACCAUGUGGAUAAGACCAUGGCUGGUACCAAGGACUGGUCCAGGUCUACAGAGCGUCCUUGGAAGACCCGGGCCUUCACUGUCUAUGGAGUCCGUGAGGGAGCCAAGUACCUGGUCAGAGUCAUUGCCUGCAAUGCUGCUGGAGAGGGAACACCAGGAUUCACAGAGUCUGUGUUUGUCAAGAAUCCUGCAGAGUUGCCAGUGAUUGAACUGAACCUGUCUGUCAAGAAUGGCGUGGUCAUCAGAGCAGGAGAGACACUCCGUGUACCUGCUACAGUCACAGGAAAACCCUACCCGUCCAUCACCUGGACCAAGGACGACAAUAAACCUGACAAAGACCGCGUGGAGAUCCUCACUGAGGGCAAUGACAGCAUUGUUUCAAUCAAGAAUGUCCAGAGGAAGGACUGCGGCAAAUACCAGAUCUCCGCUUGUAACCCCAGCGGCACCAAGGCUGCUUGGACCAGAGUGGAGGUUAUGGAUGUCCCUGGACCUGUCACAGACCUGAAGCCUGUUGUUGUCACUCGUAAGAUGAUCUUCCUGAACUGGGAUGACCCUGAGGAUGACGGAGGCAGUGACCUAACUGGCUUCAUUGUGGAGCGAAAAGAUGCCAAGAUGCACACAUGGAGGCAGCCUGUUGAAACCACCUCCUCCAAAUGUGAGUGUGUGGGCAUCAUGGAGGGACAGGAGUACAUGUUCCGUGUCAUCGCCAAGAACAAGUAUGGCAUGGGUCCGCCCGUCGAGCUGGGGCCCAUCAAGGCUGUAGACCCACAGGGCCCACCAUCAUACCCCGAAAAGUUCCAUUACACUGAGCGCACCAAGAACUCUAUCACAUUGGCCUGGAAGCCACCUCGUAAUGAUGGAGGCAGCCCUGUCAUCGGCUACUUUGUUGAGAAGAAGAGGCAGGACCAGCAUGCCUUUGAGCCUUGCAACACAGAAAUCUGCCCAAACAUGACAAUGACUGUGGAGGGCCUGGACGAGGCCUGGAUGUAUGAGUUCAGGAUCAAGUGUGCCAAUCUAAUUGGAGAGAGUGAGCCAUCCAUCCCACUUACUGUGGUCAUCCAAGAUGAUGAAGUGGCUCCUGAGAUCCACAUGCUGAAGCACUUCAAGGGUGACUCCCUUACCGUGAAGAGGGGUGAACCCAUUGAAAUCCCUGCCGAUGUCCUAGGACUCCCCAUCCCUAAGAUUGAGUGGUCUAAGGACGACUUGGUGAUUGCGAAGCCCACUGAGACUUUGCUGAUGGAGACCGAAGUUACCGGUAGGAUGAACUGCAAGACUACACUAUCUGUCCCAGCAACAAACAGGAGGGACCGCGGCAGCUACACUGUGUCUGCCUCCAACAACAUGGGCACAGCAACGCAUACCAUCUUUGUCAUGGUGCUGGACCGACCACUUCCACCCAGGAAUGUGACAGUGUCCAACAUCAAGGCAGAGUCCUGCUACCUCCACUGGGAUGCACCACUUGAUGAUGGUGGCAGUGAGUUGACCAACUACAUUGUUGAAAAGAAGGAUGUGGUGACAGAGGGGCUGGAGCUGGAAGAGGGACAGGAAGCUCCGCCUGAACCACAGUGGGUGGAGGUUACCAACAGUAUCAUUGAUAAGAAAUAUGGGAUGUGGAACCUCGAGACUAACAAGACUUACUUAUUCCGGGUCCGAGCUGAGAACCGCUAUGGUAAAUCUGACCCCUGCACGACAGAGGAAGUCCAGAUCACAGACCCCUUCGGCCUUCCUGGCCCACCCGAGAAACCAGCCAUUGCAUUGUACUCUAAGACCUCCAUGACCCUGACCUGGGAGCCUCCCAGGGACAACGGCGGCUCCAUGAUUAUCGGCUACUGGCUGGAAAAGAGGGUGAAAGGCACCAACUACUGGGCCAGAGUCAACAAGAUGCCGAUCACCAAGAGGGGCAUAAAAGGCUGGGAGCACCAGGUGACUCGUCUGUUUGAAGGAAUAGAGUACGAGUUCAGGGUUGCUGCCUGCAAUUCUGCAGGAAUUGGACCAUUCAGUGGACCAUCUGACUCUGCCUUAGCUGUCGAUCCACUUACUCCACCAAGCAUGCCUGCUGCUCCUGAGGUGGCUGAUAAAACAAAGCACAGCGUCACACUGUCCUGGAAACCACCAGAGAGGGAUGGAGGAAGCCCCAUCAAGGGCUACAUCAUCCAGAUCCAGGAUGAAGGGACAUCCGAUUGGGUGAGGGUGAAUGACCCCGACACCCUUCACCCCACAACUGAAUUCACUGUGCCCAGCCUCCGUGAGCUGAAACGCUAUCGCUUCAGGAUCAUCGCUGUCAAUGACAUCGGCGAGUCCGACCCCAGCCCCCGCACCAGCGAGGUUCUGGUUGAGGAUAUACAGCUUGCACCUUCCAUCACCAUCGACGUGAUGGCCGAUGACCUGCUGUGCAUCCGUGCUGGAGAUCCAAUCAGGAUACCUGCCACCAUCAAGGGCCGCCCUGUUCCCAAGGUGACUUGGGACUUUGAUGGCAAAGCCAAGUCCCACAAGAAGAACAAACUGCACACGCUGCCCGUGGACUCCGAGGUUGAGUCCACAGACACCACAUCCAUUGUGAACAUCCCGGUAAGCAUGAGGAGCCACUCUGGACGCUACACCAUCACUGCCAAGAACAAGUCCGGACAGAAACACGUCAACGUCAGAGUCAAUGUCCUUGAUGUCCCUGGACCUCCAAAGGACUUGAGGGUUACUGACAUAACUCGGGCUACUAUGAGGCUGAUCUGGAAACUCCCCGACAACGAUGGAGGAGAGAGAAUUAAGAGCUACUAUAUCGAGAAGAAAAGUGUCAAUGACAAGGCCUGGACCAAGGUGAAUGCAGCCUGUGCCAACCAGGCCUUUGUGGUGCCGGGUCUGCUGGAGGGUCAGGACUACCUGUUCAGGGUCCGAGCUGAGAACAGACUUGGAUUUGGCCCAUUUACAGUCACCACUGAACCUGCUCGGGCCAGAGACCCCAUCUACCCCCCCGACCCCCCCACCAAGCUGAAAGUCAACCUGGUGACAAAGAACACUGUCACUCUGAGCUGGGAACCUCCCAAAAACAACGGCGGCUCUCCAGUGAAGCAUUAUAUUAUCGAGCGUUUGAGCUGGGACACCAGCGGUAAGGAAAAGGAGACCUGGAAACAGUGCAACAAGAGAGACGUGGAGGAACUCACCUUUGUGGUGGAGGACCUGAAGGAGGGAGGCGAAUACGAGUUCAGAGUAAAAGCCGUGAACGCUGCUGGACCCAGCCGACCCUCCGCCACUGUUGGACCAAUGGUCAUCAAGGAUCAGACAUGUCCUCCCACCAUCGAGCUGCGUGAGGCCAUGGAGGGCGAGGAGGGCUGUGAUGUCAGCAUCGUGGCAAAGGUGAGCGGCUGUCCCUUCCCCACACUCACCUGGAAGAAGGCCGGCCUGGCCAAACCUGAGGAGAAGGCUGCCAUCCAGUACGACCAGCACAUCAACAAACUGGUGACCCAGGAUAAGUGCACGCUGCUGAUCCAGCAGGCAAGCAGGCACGACAGUGCCCUCUACAGCCUGACGGCCAGCAACAAUCUGGGCACUGUCACCAAGGACAUCAAGCUGUCAGUGCUGGGACCUCCUGGCCCGCCUGUCGGACCAAUCAAAUUCACCGAAGUGUUUGCAGAGAGGAUUGGCCUGGCCUGGAACCCUCCCACAGACGACGGUGGAUCCAAGAUCACCAACUACGUGGUCGAGAAGCGCGAGGACAACAGGAAGUCCUGGGUCCACGUUUCCACCGAUCCCAAGGAGUGCGCCUACGUGGUGAACCGGCUGACAGAGAACCACGAGUAUGAGUUCCGAGUGAUGGCCCAGAACAAGUUUGGAGUCGGGCCUCCGCUGGUCAGCGAGCCGGAGAAGGCCAGAAACCUUUUCACUGUUCCGGGUCAGUGUGAGAAACCGACUGUAACGGACGUCUGUCUGGAGUCGAUGGCCGUCAACUGGGAGGAGCCAAAGUACGAUGGCGGCUCCUCCAUCACCGGCUACAUCAUUGAGAAGAAAGAGACCACCGGCAAGCGCUGGACCCGCGUUACCCGCGACCCGAUCCGAGCGCUGCCGCUGGGCAAUAACUGGCACGUCACUGGCCUGCUGGAGGGCUCCAUGUACCAGUUCAGGGUCAUCGCUGUCAACGCCGCUGGCUGCGGUCUGCCCAGCAUGCCCUCUGACCCCAUACUCUGCAGAGACCCCAUCAAGCCUCCCGGGCCGCCCACUCCGAAGGUGACAGACUGGACGAAGUCGACGGUGGACCUGGAGUGGAUCCCUCCUCUGGUGGACGGAGGGUCAAAGGUUACUGGCUACAUCGUGGAAUUUAAGGAGGUUAACAAAGAGGAGGAGGAGAAGAAAGCUCAGAGGAGGCUGCUGCUGAGCGACGCCGAGGAGGAGAAGGAGCCCGAGAGUGAGGAGAGCUGGAUGAAGGCAAAGGACACAGAGAUUAGAGGAACCAAGUUCGUGGUGGCUGGUCUGAAGGAAGGCGGCCUGUACCGCUUCAGAGUCCGAGCCCUGAACGCCGCCGGAGUGGGAGACCCAGGACUCGUGUCUGAGCUGAUCGAGGUCAAAGACAGAACAAUUCCUCCUGAGAUGGACCUGGACGCCUCUGUGAAAGAGAAGAUCGUGGUCCACGCCGGUGGCACCAUCCGCAUCAUCGCCUAUGUGUCCGGUAAACCUGCCCCACAGAUCACCUGGUGCCGAGACGACGCCGAGGUGCCCAAAGAGGCUGUAGUGGAGACGACGGGCAUCUCCAAUUCACUGGUCAUCAAGAACUGCAGACGCCAACACCAGGGCAUCUACACACUGAGCGCCAAGAACGAGGGAGGAGAGAGGAGGAAGGCUGUCAUCGUCGAGGUCCUGGAUGUCCCUGGACCGGUUGGUCUCCCCUUCGCUGGUGAGAAUCUGACCACCGACUCCUGCAAGUUGACCUGGUACUCCCCCGAGGAUGACGGCGGCUCGGCCAUCACCAACUACAUCAUCGAGAAGAGAGAGGCGGACCGCAUGGGUUGGACCUCAGUGUCCUACACGGUAACAAGGAACAAUGCCGUGGUUCAGGGACUCAUCGACGGCAAGGGCUACUUCUUCAGGAUCGCAGCUGAGAACAUCAUUGGCAUGGGACCUUUCAUUGAAAUUGACAAGAUGGUUCUCAUCAAGGACCCUAUCUCCGUCCCUGAGCGUCCAGAGGACCUGAUCAUUACCGCCAUUACCAAGGACUCCAUCUCUGUCGCCUGGAGACCACCCAAGUAUGACGGAGGCGCCGAGGUGACCGAGUAUGUCCUCGAAUCCCGCAUGAUCGGCCGGGACCACUUCACACGCGUAGGCGGCAAGAACAAGCUGAUGGACAGGAAGUUCACACUGACUGAGCUGAAGGCAGGCUCCAGCCACGAGUUCAGAGUCUCCGCCGUCAACCAGGUGGGACAGGGCAAACCGUCCUUCGCCACCAAACCCGUGCAGUGCAAGGACGAGCUCGAACCACCCACUCUGGACCUGGACUUCAGGGACAAGAUGAUGGUGAAGGUGGGAGACAGCUGCACGCUGUCGGGACGCUACAGCGGCAAACCGGCCCCAGCUGUCACCUGGAAGAAGAACGACGAGGAGCUGAAGGUGGACGAGGAGAUCGGCCUCCACAGCACCGCCCGCCAUCUCAGCCUCAACAUCAGCAAGGCCAAGAGAGAACACAGCGGCCGCUACUGCGUCAGCGUGGAGAACGCCGCCGGAGCUCGCACAGGAAUCUGCACCGUCACUGUGGUUGACCGUCCUCAGCCUCCAGAGGGCCCUGUGGUGUUCAACGAGAUUUGGAGGAACUACAUGGUGAUCUCCUGGAACCCUCCUCUGGAUGACGGAGGCUGCGCCAUCUCCAACUACAUCAUUGAGAAGAGAGACACCAAUAGAGACCUGUGGAUGCCUGUCACCUCGUCCUGCACCAAGACCACCUGCAAGGUGCCGAAGCUGAUCGAAGGUCGUGAGUACAUCAUCAGGAUCAUGGCUCAGAACAUGUACGGCAUCAGUGACCCCCUCCUGUCCACAGAGACCAAGGCCAGAGACAUCUUCAAGGUGCCCGACGCUCCUAAACAGCCCACAGUGAAGGAGGUUUACCAUGACUCUGCCCUCAUCAGCUGGGAGCCACCUGCCGAUGGAGGAAAACCAAUCACAGGCUACAUCGUAGAGAGGAAGGAGACCAUGGCCAACAGGUGGGUUCGCUGCAACACAGAGAGAAUCCAUCCGAAGGUGGAGUACUGGGUGACGGAGUUGCUGCAAGGUUGUGAGUACGAGUUCAGAGUCAGCGCUGAGAACGAGGUGGGAGCUGGAGACCCAAGCCCACCAUCCAAACCUGUCUUUGCCAAAGAUCCCAUAGUGAAACCUGGUCCACCAGUGAACCCCAAGACCAUCGACUACACCAGGGAGUCAGUGACUCUGUCCUGGGAGCCACCUACCGACACCGGCAGAGGAAAGAUCUUCGGAUAUCUGUUGGAGUACCAGAAGGCUGGAGAGGAAGAGUGGCACAAGGCGAACCAGACUCCAGACUCCUGCCAGGAGACCAAGUUUAAGGUGAUAAACUUGGACGAGGGUGCUCUCUACCGCUUCAGAGUUAUGGCCGUUAACGCUGCCGGAGAGUCUGACCCUGCUAAUGUGAAGGAGCCAAUCAGAGUACGGGACAGACUUGAGCCCCCAGAGCUUAUUCUGGAUGCCGGAAUGACUCGAGAGGUGAAGGCCAUUGCUGGCACUCACAUCACUCUGAUGGCUGCCAUCAAAGGUUUCCCGUUCCCCACGGUAAACUGGAAGAAGAACGAUGCUGAAGUUCCCACCAGGGCCGACAUUGAGACCAACCAAACAGGCACUAAGCUGGAGAUGAGGUUCUGUAACCGUGGCGACUGUGGAGACUACACCUUAACUGUGGAAAACCCAGCCGGAUCCAAGACCGUCACCUGCACUGUGCUGGUCUUCGACAAACCUGGUCCCAUCCAGCACCUCCGGGUUUCUGAUGUCAGGAGUGACUCUGCCUACCUGUCCUGGAAGGACCCGGAGGACAACGGCGGUACUCGCAUCACAAACUUUGUGGUGGAGAAGAAAGACACAGCAUCCACUCAUUGGGUCCCUGUCUGCUCCACAUCCAAGAAGCGCAGCAUGAUGCUGAAGCACCUGAUGGAGGGCACAUCCUACGUGUUCAGAGUUGCUGCUGAAAACCAGUAUGGCCGCAGCGAAUACGUUGAGACGCCUAAGGCCAUCAAGGCAAUGAACCCACUCUUCCCUCCUGGUCCUCCAAAAGACCUGCACCAUGUCGACGUGGACAAGACUGAAGUGUGGCUGGUCUGGAACUGGCCUGACCGCAAUGGAGGAAGUGAGAUCACAGGAUUCCUGGUUGAGUAUCAGGAAGAGGGAGAGAAGGAGUGGGAUGAGUGGAAGACUGUCAGCAUCCCUGAGAGUCAUGUGACUGGCCUGGAGGAAGGAAAGACCUACCGCUUCAGAGUGAGGGCUGAGAACGCAAUUGGCCUCAGCAGACCCGACACCACUGUGCCUAUCCUCUGCCAGGAGAAACUGGUGCCCCCGAUUGUCGAGGUGGACGUUAAGCUCAUUGAAGGCAUCAUUGUGAAGGCUGGCACCACCAUCAGGUUACCAGCUAUUAUGAGAGGAAUCCCCAUUCCCACUGCCAAGUGGUCCAUUGAAGGAGAGGAGAUCAUCAGCCAGGGCAAUGUCAAGAUUGACACUGACAACUUCUCCACUGUGCUCAUCAUUAAUGAGUGCACCAGGAACCACACUGGCACCUACCUGCUCACUGUGUCCAACCCAGCUGGAACCAAGACAGUUGCCUUGAACGUCACCGUCCUGGAUGUUCCCGCUGCUCCGAUUGGACCUGCUAACAUCCUGGAAGUCACUCCUGACUCCAUGAUGAUUGAAUGGCGUCCUCCAAAGGAUGAUGGUGGUAGCCCUGUCACCAACUACAUCGUGGAGAAGAGAGAGUCCAACAAGGAGACCUGGGGAGGUGUGAGCUCUGGCAGCCUCGCCACCCAGCUCAGAAUUACACGCCUACAGAAGGGAGUGGAGUAUGUGGUUCGCAUUCGUGCUGCGAACAAGAUGGGCAUUGGCGCUCCUCUGGAGAGUAAGCCCACUGUUGCUGAGCACUCCUUCAUGCCGCCCAGCCCCCCUGGUAAGCCACAGACCUCCGAUAUUUCAGAUGAUGCUGUUACAGUCGGCUGGACCAUGCCCCUGUCUGACGGUGGCAGCCAGAUCACCGGCUACAUCAUCGAGCGUAGACACAUGGGAGGAAAGUGGAUCCGUGUCAAUAAGACACCCUGCAAGGACCUGAGGUACAGAGUCCUGGGUUUAUAUGAGGGCAAUGAGUACGAGUUCAGAGUUUUUGCUGAGAAUAUUGCCGGCUACAGUGGCCCUUCUCCCAUCUCUGACCCCUGCAAGCCCUGCAGGCCUAUCACCGUCCCCAGUCCCCCUGUCAACCCUAAAGUUAAAGAUUACAGCAAGACCACCGCUGACCUGGUGUGGACCAAACCCACAAAAGACGGGGGCAGCCCUAUCCUCGGCUACACUGUGGAAAUUAAAAAAGCAGAUACUGAAGAAUGGAAAAAAGUGAACCUGGACGAUUUCAUAAAGCAGUGUGCCUACAGAGUGAAUGGUCUGGAGGAGGGCGCGACCUACAGAUUCAGAGUCCGUGCCUCAAACAUGAUCGGAGAUGGAGAGCCGAGAGAAAUCCCAGAGUCCAUUACUGCUCAGGAUAUUCUCAUCCCUCCAGAGAUUGAGAUGGAAGCCACCUGCCGCGAUCGUGUCACUGUGCGUGUCGGACACAACAUCAACAUCAUCGGUUACAUCAAGGCCCGUCCUGACCCCGAAGUACUUUGGUUGAAGGACGAGACAGUUUUGGAGAACAACAAACGCGUCACCAUCACUCAGAACCUGCCUGUGGUCAACCUGAGGAUCAAGGAGGCUACAAGAGCUGACCAUGGCAAAUACAUCCUUAAGGCUUCAAAUGAGGGUGGUGAGGCCUCCUGCACCAUCACAGUCAAUGUGUUAGACAGACCCAGCCACUGCCAGAACCUGAACAUUACCUAUGCAACCAAGGACUCAUGCAUGAUCAACUGGGAGGCCCCUAACGACAACGGUGGAUCCGAGAUCACCAACUACAUUGUGGAGUGCCGUGAGCCCAGCAUUAGCAUGUGGUCUAUGAUCUCCUCCAACUGCACCAAUCGCAAGAUCAAGGCCAAGCUGAUGGAGGGCCACGAGUACCUUUUCCGUGUCUGCGCCGAGAACAAGAUGGGGCCUGGACCCUCUGUGGAGACCAAGACCCCUCUACUGGCCAUUGACCCCAUCGAGAAGCCUGGUGAGCCUGAGAACUUCAGAGCUACUGACAUUGGUAAGAACCACGUCUAUCUGAGAUGGAGGAAGCCUGACUAUGAUGGUGGCAGCCCCAACCUCUCCUACAACCUGGAGUGCAAAGCCAAAGAUGCUGAGGAAUGGGAGAAACUAAACACUGGCAUUCUCACUGACACCUUCUUCCUGGCUGACAAGUGUGUAGAGAACCAGACGUACACCUUCAGGGUGCAGACCGUCAAUGAAGGAGGCGAAAGUGCCUGGGUGAAACUUGCUGAUAUUCUGGUGAGGGAGGAGCUCCAGAAGCCUGUCAUUGACCUGAAACUAUCCGGAACUCUGACAGUGAAGGCUGGAGAGUCAGUCAGGAUGGAGGCCGCCCUGAGAGGAAAGCCCCAGCCUGAGGUCAAAUGGACAAAAGACAAGGCUGUUGGAGACAACCCCAGAAUUAGCUGGGAGACUGGCCUAGAUUACUCCAAGUUCCUUAUGACCAAGUCAAGACGCACUGACAGCGGAAAGUAUAUCAUCACUGCCACCAACCCAGCUGGCACGUUCACAGGAUAUGCCAAUGUCAACGUCCUGGAUGUCCCUGGGCCAGUAAGGAACCUCAGGAUUACUGGCACCGGAGCCGACAAGUGCAGAGUGGUGUGGGAUGCUCCGGAGGAUGAUGGAGGUUGCGAGGUAGACAGCUUCAUCUUGGAGAAAUGCGAGACAAGGAGGAUGGUCUGGUCUACAUACUCAGCCUCUGUAGUCACACCGUACUGCAACGUCACUCGUCUAGUGGAGGGCAACGAGUAUAUCUUCAGAGUGAGGGCUGAAAACAAGAUGGGAACCGGCCCCGCCAUGGAGAGCAAGCCUGUCACUGUCAAGACUCAGUUCAACAAACCUGGACCCCCUGAUGCCCCAGAUGUCACCAAGGUGAGUAAAGAUGAGAUGACGGUGGUAUGGGCUCCUCCUGAGAACGAUGGAGGAAAGUCGAUCACCGGUUACAUUCUGGAGAGGAAAGAGAAGAGGGCAGUGCGCUGGGUGCCGUGUACCAAGAGCCCCAUCUCCGAGAGACGCAUGAAAGUCACCAACCUAAUUCCUAAUCACGAGUACCAGUUCAGGGUGAAGGCUGAGAACGAGGUUGGUCUGGGAGAGCCCAGCAAACCCUGCAGACCCGUUGCAGCCAAAGAUCCCAUCGAGCCCCCAGGUCCACCUGCAGGCCUAAAGGUGGCUGACAGCACCAAGACCUCUAUCACAUUGUCCUGGUCUAAACCAGUGUACGAUGGUGGUGCACCCAUUAUUGGCUACAGUUUGGACAUGAGGCUGAAAAGUGAGGCAGACCCUGAGAAGCCCACAGAGGGCUGGAAGAGAAUUGACACCCAUGGCCCAUUGGUGCUCAAAGAAUUCACCAUUGGCCAGCUGGAUGAGAAGCAGGAGUACGAGUUCAAGGUGUCUGCCCAAAACCAGGUGGGCUGGGGACGCCACGCCUACUUGAAGGAGGCUGUCUUUCCCAAGGAGAUCCUGGAGGCUCCAGAGAUCGAGCUGGAUGCCAGUCUGAGAAAAGGCCUGGCUGUCCGGGCCGGCUGUCCAAUCAGGCUUUUUGCUGUGAUCAGAGGAAGGCCCGCCCCCAAGGUUACCUGGAAGCGCCUGGGUGUGGACAAUGUGGUCCGACGAGGUCACGUGGACCAGGUUGACACCAUGUCCUUCCUGGUCAUCCCUGAGAGCACCAGAGAGGAUUCUGGGAGAUACUCGCUGACUCUGUCCAACUCAGCUGGAGAAAAAGCUGUAUAUGUCCGUGUCAAAGUGCUCGACACUCCUGGUCCCGUCGGUGGCCUGGAGGCAACUGAUGUCACCAAGACAACAGCUCAGCUGUCCUGGUUGCCACCAGAGAAUGAUGGUGGCAGCCCCAUCCUCAACUACAUUGUGGAGAAACGGGAGGUGGAUAGGAAGACAUGGAACAAGUGCACAGAAGACUUAAAGAAGACCAGCUUCAAGGUGACCAACAUGACACCUGGCAUUGAGUACUACUUCAGAGUCACGGCCUGCAACAAGUAUGGCAUCGGAGUUCCUCAGGACUCAGCUAGGUCCUACCUGGCUGUUGAUCCUAUCAGUGAGCCUGACCCUCCGAAAAAGAUGGACGUGUUGGAUAUCACCAGAAACAGUGCCACACUUGGUUGGCUGAAGCCACUGAGAGACGGAGGAGCCAAGAUCAACGGUUAUGUGGUGGACUACCAAGAGGAGGGCGCACCUGAGGACAAGUGGACACCUUACUCUGUGGUCAAAGACCUGACCAUUGUGGUGGUUGGUCUUAAGGAAGGAAAGAAGUACAAGUUCAGAGUCGCAGCCAGGAACUCAGUGGGAGUCAGCUUGGCCCGAGAGGCAGAAGGAGUGUUUGAGAUCAAGGAGCAGCUCAUGGCUCCUAAGGUCAUCAUGCCCGACACUGUGACAGUCAGAGCUGGGUCCAGGAUGGUGAUUGAGGCCAUUGUGGCAGGUAAACCCGCUCCCUACUGCAAGUGGAAGCAGGGCAACGAGGAUGUGCUGACAUCUGACCGACUGUCUGUUGUAAAGACACUGACAACCUGCACACUAAUCAUCAAGAACGUGACAAGAAAGGACAGCAGCUACUACAGCCUGUCAGCUGAGAACAGCACUGCCAAGAUCAACCAAAUCCUCAGAGUCAUCGUCAUGGACAUUCCUGGACCCCCUGAAGCUCCUCUAGAGAUCACCGAACUGGACAUAGAUGCCUGCACACUGUUGUGGAACUCGCCACAAGAGGACGGCGGCAGCAACAUCACCAACUACAUUGUGGAGAAGUGUGACGUCAGCCAGGGCGACUGGAUCCCUGUGUCCACAUCCUGCACUAAAACCAGCUUCAGAAUCACCAAACUGACACCUGGCAAAGAGUACGGCUUCCGAGUCCGUGCUGAGAACAGGUUCGGCAUCUCUGAGCCCAUUUAUUCUGAGAAGAUGAUCGCCAGAUAUCCCUUUGAUCCUCCCAGUGAGCCCAGAAACCUGCAGAUCAACAAGGUCAACAAGGACUUCGUCAUCCUGUCAUGGGAGCGUCCCAGCAGCGAUGGCGGCAGCCCCAUUGCUGGAUAUUCCAUUGAAAAGAAGGAGAGGAACAGCCUUCUGUGGGUGAAGGCCAAUGAAUCCAUGGUCAAAGCCACUCAGUACACCUGCAGCAACCUGAUCGAGGGCCUGGAGUACACGUUUAGAGUGUCUGCACACAACCUGGCUGGACAGGGCAAACCUUGCAAACAGACUGACUUCAUCACUGCCAGGACUGCUGUUGACCCACCAGGUAAACCAGAACCCAUGGAUGUGACCAAGCACUCCGUGUCACUGGUUUGGAGCCGUCCUAAGCAUGAUGGCGGCAGCAAGCUGAUUGGCUACUACGUGGAGUACACAAAGCUUCCAGAGGAGAAGUGGACUCGCUGUAAUGCCAACUGCAUGAACAUCCAGACGGAGAACUAUGUGGUGACCGGUCUGGAGGAGGGCCAACAGUACCAGUUUAGAAUCAUCGCCAAGACGGCUAUCAACAUCAGCCUGCCAUCAGAGCUGUCCGACCCCAUACCUGUCAUCGCAGAAAAUGUUUCUCCUCGUGUGGAACUGGGUGUCAACAUGAAGAACCUGAUCGUGGUAAAAGCCGGAGAGAACGUCUGCCUGGACGCUGAAGUGUUUGGCAAGCCGCUGCCAAAGGUGAGCUGGAAGAGAGAUGGAGUGCCUCUGGUCCUCACCGAAGGAAUGAAGAUGACCCACAAGAAACAUGUCCACCUGCUGGAGCUCUACUCUGUCACCAGGAGGGAGUCUGGAGACUACACAAUAACUGCCGAGAACAUCAAUGGCACCAAGUACGCCACCAUCAAGGUCAAGGUGCUUGACAAACCAGGCCCUCCAGCCUCUGUGAAAAUUACUAAAGUGUUUGCAGACCGUGUUAAACUGCGAUGGGAGCCCCCACUUGCAGACGGCGGUUCUGAGAUAACCAACUACAUCAUCGAGAAGCGUGAGACAAGCAGGGCCAACUGGGCACUGGUAACCUCCAACAUCCACGGACACAUCACCGACUGCUCGGUGGAGAAACUCAUUGAAGGACAUGAGUACCAGUUCAGAGUCAGUGCUGAGAACCAGUAUGGUGUGGGAGACCCCAUCAUGACUGAUGCCAUAAUGGUCAAGAACCCAUACGAUGUUCCCGGUCCAUGUGAGCCACCAGUCAUAACCAACAUUACCAAGAACUCCAUGACAAUCAGCUGGAAGGCUCCAGCUAAUGACGGCAAGGCUCCCAUUCUGGGCUACAUGGUGGAGAAACGUGAAGCCACUGAACUGACCUGGGCUAAAAUCAACCGCCGGCCAGUCAUUGACAGGACCAUCAAAGCUGUUCAGCUGACUGAGGGCUCUGAGUACGAGUUCAGAGUCAUCGCCAUGAACAAGGCUGGUCUGGGCAAACCCAGUGAUGCAACCAAUGCUGCACUAGCUGUCGAUCCUGUCUAUCCUCCUGGCCCACCUGCCUUCCCCAAGGUGGUGGACUCCACCAAGAGCUCCAUCAGCCUUAGCUGGACCAAACCUGCGUACGACGGUGGCUGUGAGAUUAUUGGCUACCUGGUGGAGUGCAAACGAGCAGAAGCCGAGGACUGGACAAAGUGCAACAUCCCGAAAAAGCUCCAGGCCACAAAAUUCUUGGUGACUGGCCUGAUGGACAACACAGAGUACCAGUUCAGAGUCAUCGCUGUCAACAAGAUUGGCUACAGCGAGCCCAGUGAAGUCCCUGGAAACCACAUGGCCAAGGACAUCCUAAUUGCUCCUGAAGCUGAACUGGAUGCUGACUUGAGAAAGGCUUUGGUUCUUCGAGCCGGUGUCACCAUGAGGCUCUACGUCCCGCUAAGAGGGCGCCCACCACCGAAGGUGACAUGGACGAAGAUGAACGCCAACCUGAAGGAUAGGCAGGGCCUGCUGAUCAAGACAUCAGACUGGGACACCUUACUGAUGAUUGAGGACAUUAACAGAUACGAUGCCGGAAAAUACAUCCUAACGCUGGAGAACAGCAGCGGCUCCAAGAGCUACACCAUCGUGGUCAAGGUCCUUGAUUCUCCUGGACCGCCUGUGAACCUGAUCGUAAAGGAGACCUCCAGAAGCCACGCCUGCAUCACCUGGGAUGCCCCGCUGAUUGAUGGUGGCAGCCCGGUGAAGAGCUACAUUGUAGAGAAACGUCUGGCUGAGAGGAAGGCCUGGACCUGUGUGGCAGCAGACUGCCCCAAGAUUUCCUUCAGGAUUACCAACCUGGAAGCGGGACAGGCCUACUGCUUCAGAGUGCUAGCCGAAAAUGCGUAUGGCAUCGGAGAGGGCUGCGAGACUGCCGGCAGCGUCCGAGCCUCAGAGCAACCAGGUCCAGUGACGGACUUCAAAGCUCAGAAGACCACCAAGGACUCCAUCACCCUGGGCUGGAAGAAGCCCAUCAGCAAUGGUGGAAGCCACAUUACUGCUUACAUCCUGGAGCAGAGUGAAGGCGAAGACAAAUGGAAGCAGAUCCUCAAGGGCAAGCACACCUCACACACCAUUGGCGAGCUGAAUGAGGGCAAGGAGUACUUGUUCAGAGUCAAGGCACUCAAUGAGUCUGGGGAGGGACCACCCACUGAGCUCACUGUUGUUGCCAAGGACCAGUUUGUGCUACCUGACUGCAACUUGAGCAGUCUUCCUGAUGGCUGCUACGUGGUGAAGGAGGGCAGCACCAAGCGUAUCAAUAUCCCCAUCACCGGAGUACCCUAUCCCACUGCCACCUGGAAGAAGGGCGAUGUGGCACUUGGAGACACUGGACGGAUGUGUGUUGAGGCAUCUCAGGGUGUCACCACGCUGCUAAUAAGAGACUGCCAGAGAGGAGAUGCUGACACUUACACCAUCAACGUCAGGAACAGCGCUGGCUCCAAGGACUGCAAGUUCCAGCUGAAGGUGGUUGGCAAGCCAGGCAUCUGUACUGGACCCAUUAAGUUUGACGAGAUCACAGCCGACGGCAUCACCCUCGAGUGGGGACCACCCAAAGAUGAUGGCGGUGCAGAGGUGUCUAACUACAUUGUGGAGAAGAGGAGGACGACAGACAAUAAGUGGGCCACGGUGGCUUCAGCCAUCCAGAAGACUACCAUGAGGGUGAUCAGGCUCCACGAUGGACUGGAGUAUAUCUUUAGAGUGUUUGCUGAGAACAAGUAUGGGGUUGGAGAGUAUCUGAGGUCUGAACCUGUCAUUGCCCAGCAUCCAUUCAAUGUGCCCGAGGCGCCUGCUCCUCCAGAAAUUGUGAGCAUCCGCCAUGAGUCUGCCAUCCUGACUUGGGCUGAUCCAAGGGACACUGGUGGCUCCCCAAUUACCGGAUAUCAUGUGGAGUUUAAGGAGCGGAACAGUCUAAUGUGGAAACGGGCCAAUAAGACUCCUCUGAGAGUGAAAGAGUGCAGAGUGACUGGCCUGAUAGAGGGACUAGAGUACGAGUUCAGGGUGAUGGCCAUGAACAUUGCUGGCCUAGGGAAGGCAAGCAAGGUCACUGAGGCUGUGGUUGCCUUGGAUCCUAUUGAUCCUCCUGGAAAGCCUGAGGUGAUUAACGUCACCAGGAGCAUGGUCACCCUGAUGUGGACUGCUCCCAAAUAUGACGGCGGCUACAAGCUGACCGGUUACAUGGUGGAGAAGCUGGAAGCUGGUGGAAAAGCCUGGAUGAAGGCCCAUCAUGUCAACAUCCAGGGCUGUGCCUUCACCGUCACUGACCUGGCAGAGGGAUCUGGGUAUCAAUUCAGGAUCAGAGCCAAGAAUGCUGCUGGGGCUAUCAGUGCUCCUUCAGAGUCUACUGAACUUCUGACCUGCAAGGAUGAGUACGAGCCCCCAACCAUCACUAUUGACCCAGACAUGAAGGACGGUGUAUCGGUCAGGGCAGGAGAUACCAUUGUGAUCUCAGCCUCCAAGAUUGUUGGCAAACCUCCACCCACUGCUGUCUGGUCCAAGGGAGGCCGUGAGUUCAAGAACUCUGACAUCAACACCAUUACCAGCACCCCCACCUCCUCUACUCUGUCCAUCAAGUACGCAAGCCGGAAGAACACAGGCGAAUACACAAUCACAGCCAGCAAUCCCUUCGGCAUUAAGGAAGAACAUGUAAAGGUGAAGGUCCUGGACGCGCCUGGACCUCCAGGCCCCAUUGAAGCCAGUAACAUUUCAGCUGAGAAGUGUACUCUGACCUGGCUUCCCCCAGAGGAGGAUGGAGGCUCCUCUAUUAAGUCCUACAUUCUCGAGAAGAGAGAAACCAGCCGCCUGCAGUGGACCAAGCUAGCUGAAAAUGUCGUGGACUGCAGAUAUAUAGCCAGUAAACUAAUCAAGGGCAAUGAGUACAUCUUCAGAGUGUCUGCUGUGAACCAGUAUGGCAUUGGAGACUCAAGCCAAUCUGGUCCAGUCAAAAUGGUUGACAGUUUCCGCCCACCAGGCCCACCCUCAGCCCCAGACAUUGAUAAUGUCAGUAGGAAUGCUGUCACCAUUUCAUGGAAGAGACCAGCACAGGAUGGCGGAAGUGACAUCGGAGGAUAUUGUGUAGAGAGGAAAGAGAGGAGAGGAAUGAGAUGGGUGAGAGCCAGUAAGAGGACGAUCCCUGACCUGCGCUUUAAGGUGCAAGGCCUGAGUGAGGGAGUAGAGUAUGAGUUUAGAGUCACUGCUGAGAACAAGGCUGGAUUUGGAGAACCAAGUGAGCCAUCAUGCCCUGUGUUGACCAAGGAUAUUGUGUAUCCACCUGGUCCUCCAUCCAAUCCCAGAAUUACAGACACCACAAAAACCACAGCCACCUUCGCCUGGGGCCGACCCCACUAUGAUGGUGGUCUGGAAAUAAUCGGAUAUAUUGUUGAGUACAAAAAGGAGGGGCAUGAUGACUGGGAGAUAGAGACACAGUACUCGUUGAAAGAUACUGAAUACGUUAUUGGUAAACUUCAAAAAGGUGGCAAAUACCACUUCAGAGUCAGCGCUGUAAAUUCUGAGGGAGUUGGCGAGCCUGCAGAGGUUGAGAAAGUGACUGAACUUGUGGACCAGGAGACAUUGCCAGACUUUGAGCUAGAUGCUGAACUCAGGAGAACCCUGGUGGUCAGGUCCCGUGCUUCAAUCCGAAUGUUUGUUCCCAUCAGGGGCCGUCCUGUUCCUGAAGUAACAUGGAGCAAAGAUGAUACCAACCUGAAAACACGUGCACACAUUGACACCACAGAGUCCUACACUCUACUGGUUAUUCCUGACUGCAGCAGAUACGAUGCUGGAAAGUACCACCUCUGUCUGGAGAACGUUGCUGGAAAGAAGACAGGCUUUGUAAAUGUGAAAGUUCUGGACACACCAGGACCACCAGUCAACCUCAAACCUAGAGAGAUCACUAAGAACAGCAUCACCCUUCAAUGGGAAAUACCCAUAAUUGAUGGUGGUUCUAAGAUUCAUAACUACAUUAUUGAAAAGAGAGAGGCCACCAAGAAGGCCUACAAGGUGCUUAGCACCACAUGGCAGAAGUGUUCCUUCAAAAUUCCAGACCUUGAGGAGGGAACUUAUUACUACUUCCGUGUCUCUGCUGAGAAUGACCUGGGUGUAGGUGAGCCCGCUGAAACUGCAGAACCAAUUAGGGUGUCCCAAGCCCCCUCUGCACCAGAGAACUUGUAUGUCACAGAUGUGACUGCUGACAGUGCCAGCCUUGCAUGGAUCAAGCCCCUGCAUGAUGGUGGCAGCUUGAUCACUGGAUAUGUCAUUGAGGCCCAGAAGAAGGACGCUGACCAGUGGGUCCAUGUGGCCACCAUCAAGGCUCUUGACUACACUGUCACAGAUCUGAUUGAGGGCGCAGAAUAUACCUUCCGCAUAAUGGCUGUCAAUGCAUCGGGUAGGAGCGACCCCCGUGAGAGCAGACCUGCUAUUAUCAAAGAGCAGACUUCCGCUCCUUCCUUUGACCUGCGUGGAGUCUACCAAAAGACAGUCAUUGCCAAAGCAGGGGACCGUGUCAAGGUGGAGAUUCCAGUGCUCGGCAAACCCAGACCUAUGGUUUCCUGGAAGAAGGCCGACACAGUGCUCAAGGAGACACAAAGAAUCAACACUGAAACCACACCAACAUCAACUAUCCUCAACAUCAGUGAGAUCAAGAGGACUGAUGGAGGCCAGUAUUCCAUAACUGGAAAAAACAUGCUGGGUACAAUGACUGAAACAAUCACAGUCUUAGUCCACGACAUUCCAGGUCCUCCCACCGGUCCCAUCAAGCUGGACGAGGUCUCAUGUGAUUAUGUUCUUAUGUCCUGGGAGGCACCAGAAAAUGAUGGAGGUGUUCCCAUCAACAACUAUAUUGUUGAGAUGCGGGAGACCACUGGUACUUCAUGGAUGGAGUUGGCAGCUACAGUGAUCCGCACCACAUUCAAGGCAGUUCGACUCAACACUGGAACCGAAUAUCAGUUCCGUGUCAAAGCACAGAACAGAUAUGGCAUUGGACCAUGCAUUGUCUCUGAUCCAGUGGUGGCUGCAUAUCCAUUUGAUGUGCCAGGCCAGCCAGGCACUCCUGUGGUCACAUCUUAUAACAAGGAUGCUAUGACUUUGAGUUGGAAUGAGCCCUCUUCUGAUGGAGGCAGUGCUAUCCUGGGCUAUCAUGUGGACAGAAAAGAGAAAAACAGCAUUCUGUGGCAGAGGAUCAGCAAAGCUCUUGUUGUUGGAAAUAUCUUCAAAUCAGCAGGACUUAUUGAUGGAAUUGCAUAUGAACACCGUGUUACUGCUGAAAACAUGGCCGGUCUCAGCAAACCAAGCAAACCCUCUGAGCCUAUGUAUGCUCUGGAUCCAGUUGACCCACCAGGCAAGCCUGUGGCACUGAAUAUCACCAGACAUGAGGUUACAGUGUCAUGGACCAAACCAGAUGGAGAUGGUGGAUUUUCCAUCACAGGAUACACAGUAGAGAGGAGAGAGAUGCCCAAUGGACGUUGGCUCAAAGCCAACUUCAAUAACAUCCUAGAAACCAUCUACACAGUCAGUGGUCUGACUGAAGAUGCAACUUAUGAAUUCCGUGUGUUUGCUAGAAACUCAGCUGGUGGAGUCAGUGCUCCAUCCCAGCCAUCAGAAGCAAUCACAUGCAGAGAUGACAUUGAAGAGCCCAGGCUUGAUGUUGAUGCAUCGUAUAGCAGCAAUGUUGUUGUCAUGGCAGGAGAGGUAUUCAAGCUGGAGGCCAGUGUGACUGGCAGGCCAAUCCCAUCUCUGGUAUGGACCAAGGAAGAAAAGGAGCUUGAGGAUACAGCCAAGCUAGAGAUAAAGACAUCUGACUUCCACACAACUCUAAUAAACAAAGAUUCUCUGAGGAGAGAUGGUGGUGCUUUUACUCUGACUGCCAGCAAUCCAGGUGGUUUUGCCAAGUUCACAUUUAAUGUCAAAGUACUCGACAGACCUGGACCACCAGACUCCCUAACUGUAACUGAUGUCACUGCUGAGAAAUGUGUCCUUAAUUGGCUUCAUCCAACACACGAUGGUGGUGCCAAAAUAGAGUACUUUAUCAUUCAGAAGCGUGAGACCAGUAGGUUGGCAUGGACAAAUGUGGCCACAGACCUUCAAGCAAAUAGAUUCAAGGUUACCAAACUUCUGAAGGGCAAUGAGUACGUCUUCAGAGUCAUGGCCGUUAACAAGUACGGCGUGGGUGAACCCCUGGAGUCUGAACCUGUCAUCUGUGCCAACCCCUAUGUCCCCAGUGAUCCACCACAGCAGCCUGAAGUCACCACCAUUACCAAGGACUCCAUGGUUGUCUGUUGGGAGCGCCCUGAACAUGAUGGAGGCAGCAGAAUAAACACCUACAUAAUUGAGAGAAGGGAUAAGACUGGCCUGCGCUGGGUAAAGUGCAACAAGAGGACUGUAACUGACCUGCGAUUCAAGGUCUCUGGCCUCACACCAGGACAUGAGUAUGAAUUCAGAGUUCUUGCUGAGAACAAUGCUGGUCUAAGCCAGCCUAGUCCUUCCAGUCCAUUUUACAAAGCCAUAGACACCAUUUUCCAGCCUGGACCUCCGGGGAACCCCAGAGUGCUGGACACAACCAAGUCUUCUAUCACUAUUGCCUGGAACAAGCCUGUUUACGAUGGUGGUUCUGAAAUCACUGGUUACAUUGUGGAGACCUGCCUGCCUGAGGAGGAUGAGUGGACAAUUCACACUCCAAAAAGGGGAUGGACAGCUACUUCCUUCACCAUCACCAACUUGAAGGAAAACCAAGACUAUAAAAUCAACAUCUGUGCCACUAAUUGUGAAGGUGUGGGAGAGCCUGCUGCUGUUCCAGGAACCCCAAAAGCUGAAGACAGACUGCUUCCUCCAGAAAUAGAACUUGGAGCAGAGCUGCGUAAGGUGGUCUGCAUCAGAGCCUGCAGCACACUUCGACUCUUUGUCCCUAUAAAGGGCAGACCAGCACCUGAAGUAAAAUGGUCGAGAGAGCAUGGAGAAUCCCUGGACAGAGCUAUAAUUGAAAUCACCCCAUCAUUCACCACUCUUCAGGUCGAUAAUGUUGACAGGUUUGAUGGAGGUAAAUACAUGGUGACUGUAGAAAAUGCAUCAGGAAGCAAGACAGCCUUUGUUAAUGUAAGGGUGCUAGAUACUCCUGGAGCACCUCAGAAUCUGAUUGUCAAGGAGGUCACUAGAGAUUCAGUUUCCCUUGUUUGGGAUGCACCUGUCAUUGAUGGCGGAUCCAGAGUUCGCAACUAUAUUGUAGAGAAGCGUGAGUCAACUAGAAAGGCCUACUCAACUGUCUGUGCAAGCUGCCAUAAGUCAAGUUGGAAAGUAGGGGACCUGGAUGAAGGAAAGAUGUACUUCUUUAGAAUCCUGGCUGAGAACGAAUAUGGCGUUGGUCUCCCAGUAGAGACUGUCGAUCCAAUUAAAGUGUCAGAGAGGCCUUUACCACCAGGUAAAGUGUCCCUCCAUGAAGUUACCAGCACCAGUGUAACACUAACUUGGGAAAAGCCUGACCAUGAUGGUGGCAGUAGAAUCACAGGCUAUAUUGUGGAGAUGCAAAGUAAGGGCAGUGAGAAGUGGACCCAGGUCAUGGUGGUCAAGACAAAUGAGGCUCUUGUAACUGGCCUUACACAGGGACAAGAGUACAUGUUCCGUGUCUCAGCCACCAAUGAAAAGGGAGUUAGUGACCCACGUCCUCUUAAUGUGCCUGUGGUGGCAAAAGACCUUGUCAUCUCGCCAUCCUUCAAACUGCUUUUUGGCACAUUCAGUGUGUUAGCAGGAGAUGAUCUGAAGAUAGAUGUACCAUACGCUGCCUGUCCAAAGGCUAUGGCAACUUGGCUCAAAGAUGGCAUUGUUCUCAAGGAGACAACAAGAGUUAAUGCUGAAGCCACAGACAAAAACCUUCUCUUGGUCAUUAAGGACGCUUGCAGAGAUGAUGUAGGCACAUACACCAUCAAACUGAUCAACACAGCUGGAGAGGCAUCCACAGACAUUAAUGUUGUUGUUCUAGAUAAGCCUGGUCCUCCAACUGGCCCAAUUAAGUUGGAUGAAGUCACUGCUGACAGCUUGGUCCUGUCCUGGAACCCACCAGAGUAUGAUGGUGGUUGCACCAUCAACAAUUACAUUGUUGAGAAGAGAGACACAUCUACCACAAACUGGCAAAUUGUGUCAGCUACAGUGGCCAGAACCACUAUCAAGGCAGCCCGUCUAAAGACUGGAUCUGAGUACCAGUUUAGGAUUGCUGCAGAGAAUAGAUAUGGCAAGUCCUUAGCUCUGCUCUCUGAUACAAUUGUUGCACAGUAUCCAUUUGAAGUGCCUAGUCCACCACAUUCUGUCAUGGUCCAGUCAGCCACCAAGGAAAGCAUGGCGGUUGUAUGGGAGAAACCCAGCAAUGAUGGUGGAAGCAAAAUUCUGGGUUAUCACUUAGAGCUCAAAGAGAGAAACAGUAUACUGUGGGUGAAACAGAACAAACAACUAAUCCCAGAGACCAGAUUCAAGGUAGUUGGCCUUGAGGAGGGUAUUGAAUAUGAGUUCAGAGUCUAUGCUGAGAACAUUGUCGGCCUCAGCAAAGCCAGCAAACUGAGUGAAAUGCAAGUGGCCAGAGAUCCUUGUGAAAGACCAGGAAAACCAGAGGCUGUUAUUGUGACAAGAAACAAAGUGACACUCAGAUGGGCCAAACCUGAGUAUGAUGGCGGCAUCAAGAUCACAGGUUAUGUGGUUGAGAAGAAGGAUGCAGCUGGCCGCUGGAUGAAGGCCAGUUUCACCAGUAUAAUUGAGACUGAAUUUGUUGUUACAGGACUUACUGAAGGUCAGAUUUAUGAGUUCCGUGUCAUUGCCAGGAAUGCAGCAGGUGUCUUUAGUCAGCCCUCUGAUUCUACUGGAGCCAUCACUGCCAAGGAUGAGGUGGACCCACCCAAGAUUGACUUGGAAGCUAAGUACUCCCAGGCUGUGGUGGUAAAUGCUGGGGAGACAUUCAGGCUUGAGGCUGCUAUCUAUGGUAAGCCUGUGCCCACAGUACACUGGCUGAAGGAAGGUCAAGAGAUUACUGAAGUAGCUCGCCUAGAGCUCAAGAACACAGACUUUACAGCUUGUCUAGUUGUUAAAGAAGCCAUCCGUGUUGAUGGAGGUCAGUACACUUUGCUGAUAAAGAAUGUUGGAGGAGAGAAAUCUGUUAACAUUAAUGUCAAGGUCUUGGACAGACCAGGUCCUCCUGAGGGCCCUAUCUCCAUCUAUGGGGUCACCAGUGAGAAAUGCUCCAUUAGCUGGAAACCUCCAUUGCAAGAUGGAGGUAGUGAUGUUUCCCAUUACAUUGUUGAGAGGAGGGAAACCAGCAGACUGGUUUGGACUGUUGUUGAACCAAAAGUUCAGACACUGAACCUGAAGAUCACCAAACUUCUUCCUGGUAAUGAGUACAUCUUCAGAGUUAUUCCAGUCAACAAAUAUGGAGUUGGUGAGCCUCUGGAAUCUGAGCCGAUGAUUGCCAGAAAUCCGUUUGUUACUCCCAACCCACCAACAGAGGUAGAAGUCACCACAAUCACCAAAGACUCCAUGGUGGUGACCUGGGAGAGACCAACUAAUGAUGGUGGGAGCCCCAUCCAGGGAUACAUUGUUGAGAAACGUGACAAGGACGGUGUGAGAUGGACCAGGUGCAACAAGCGCACAGUGAGUGAGCUGCGCUUCAGAGUCACAGGGCUCCUAGAAAACCAUAGCUAUGAAUUCAGAGUUGCUGCUGAGAAUGCCGCAGGUGUUGGCACACCUAGUGCACCAACAGUGUACUACAAAGCACUGGAUCCUAUCUUCAAACCAGGUCCACCAAACAACCCUAAGGUGGUCGACACAUCUAGAUCUACUGUUUCUCUGACAUGGGCCAAACCCAUCUAUGAUGGUGGCUGUGAGAUUAAGGCUUACAUUGUUGAGGCAUGCAAUGGGGCAUCUGAUGAGUGGUUUAUGUGCACUCCUCCCACUGGAAUUGCAGAUAAUAAGUUUACUGUGACAAAACUUCUAGAGAAGCAUGAGUACCAGUUCAGAGUGUGUGCCAUCAACAAAGUUGGUGUUGGUGAGCAUGCUGAUGUUCCAGGAAAAAUCCUCCUGGAGGAGAAGCUUGAGGCUCCUGAUCUUGACCUGGAUGCUGAUAUGAGAAAGAUGAUCAACAUUAGGGCAGCAAGCACUCUCAGGCUGUUUGUUCCUGUGAGAGGUCGUCCAGCUCCUGAGGUGAAAUGGGGUAAGGCUGAUGGUGAGAUUAAGGAGACUGCCCAGAUUGACAAUACAGGCAGUUAUGCUUCGCUUGUCAUUGAGAAUGUUGACAGAUUUGACAGUGGCAAGUACACACUGACUGCAGAAAAUGCCAGUGGAGUGAAGUCAGUCUUCAUCAGUGUCAGGGUCCUGGACUCACCUAGUCCACCAACUAACUUCAUGGUGAAAGAGAUUACCAAAAAUUCUGUCACUCUCACAUGGGAGCCUCCACUUCUGGAUGGUGGCUCAAAGAUUAAGCAUUAUAUUGUUGAGAAGCGUGAGAGCACCAGGAAAGUCUACUCUCCCAUCACCACAUGCAAUAAAAUGUCCUGGAAAGUUGAGCCUCUUCCAGAGGGUGGAAUCUUCUUUUUCAGAGUCCUGGCAGAAAAUGAAUAUGGUGUUGGUCUCCCCGCUAAAACUAUAGAGCCAGUUAAGAUAUCUGAGAAGCCUCAGCCUCCCGGUAAAGUCAGUUGUCUUGAUGUUACUCAUAACACUGUAACUCUCACUUGGGAGAAGCCUGAACAUGAUGGCGGCAGUAGGAUCAGUCAUUAUGAAGUGGAACUGGCACCUAAGGACAGUGAGGCGUGGUCUGUGUGUGCUAGUGUGAAGGCACUGGAGACUGUAGUGACAAAUCUACUCAAGGGAGAGGAGUAUCAUUUCAGAGUUGUGGCUGUAAAUGACAAGGGCAAAAGCGACCCCAGGCAACUGGCUCACUCAGUUGUAGCAAAAGACCUUGUGAUUGAGCCUGCUGUUAGACCCAAAGUGAGCACCUACAGUGUCCAGGUGGGGCAUGACCUCAAGAUAGAGGUCCCAGUUGCUGGACAUCCAAAGCCAACCAUCACCUGGACCAAGGAUGGUGCUGCUCUUAAGCAGACCACCAGAGUCAAUGUCACUGACUCAGCACACCUCACCACCCUCACCAUAAAGGAUGCCACCAGAGAGGAUAGGGGCAUGUACAGCAUCAAUAUCUCCAAUGCCCUGGGAUCCAAGGAUGCCACUAUUGAGGUGAUCACUCUGGACAAACCAGGCCCACCAACAGGCCCUGUCAAGUUGGAGGACAUAAGUGCUGAGAGUAUCACUCUUAGCUGGAAACCUCCAACAUACACAGGUGGCUGCCCAAUCUCCAACUAUGUGGUGGAAAAGAGAGACACAACCACAACCAACUGGGUGGUUGUAUCUGCCACUGUGGCCAGAACCACGCUAAAAGUGACCAAUCUGAAGACAGGCGCUGAAUACCAUUUCAGAAUCUAUGCUGAAAAUAGAUAUGGAAAGAGUUAUGCAAUUGAUUCAGAGCCUGUUGUGGCACAGUAUCCAUUCCAGGAGCCUGGCCCACCAGGAACACCAUUUGUGUCUUCAUAUACUAAAGACUUUAUGGUGGUUGAGUGGCACAAACCCCCAUCUGAUGGAGGCAGUGGCAUCUUGGGCUACCAUCUGGAAAGGAAAGAGAAGAACAGUAUUCUCUGGACCAAGAUCAACAAAAUGCUCAUCCAAGACUGCAGGUUUAAAUCUACUCCUCUUGAGGAAGGCAUUGAGUAUCAGUAUAAAGUCUAUGCUGAGAAUAUUGUUGGCAUUGGAAAAUGCAGCAAAGUGUCUGAGGUUUAUGUAGCCCGUGACCCAUGUGAUCCUCCUGGCCGUCCCGAGGCUGUGAUUGUGACCAGGCACUCGGUGAAGCUGAGGUGGACCCCUCCAGAAUAUGAUGGUGGAAGCUUAGUUACCGGAUAUUUAGUGGAGAAACGUGACCUUCCUGAAGGAAAGUGGAUGAAGGCCAGCUUUACAAGCAUCAUUGAACAUGAAUUCACAGUUACAGGCCUGACAGAAGACAGUAAAUAUGACUUCAGAGUAAUAGCAAGGAAUGCAGCUGGUGCUGUCAGCAAGCCAUCUGAGUGCACGGGAUCCAUUAUAGCAAAGGAUGAAGUUGACCCACCAAAGUGUGAAACAGAUCCUAUGUACAACCAGACCCUCAUUAUCAACGCUGGAGAGACUUUCAGUCUGGAGGCCAGUGUGGAAGGAAAGCCCAUCCCCACAGCACAGUGGUUCAAGGGAGAUGUUGAAGUUGAAAACUCAGCAAGGGCUGAAAUCAAAAACACAGAUUUCAAGGCUUUGCUAGUAGUGAAGGAUGUCAUCAGAGUGGAUGGUGGACAGUACACUCUGGUUCUGACAAAUGUAGCUGGAACUAAGACUAUCCCAUUCAGUGUAAAGGUAUUGGACAGACCAGGCCCCUCAGAUGGACCUCUUACUGUCAGCAAUGUCACUGAGGAGAAGUGCUCACUGUCAUGGCUGCCACCCAGGCACGAUGGAGGAGCUAGCAUUUCUCACUACAUAAUUCAGAAGCGAGAAACUAGCCGCCUGGCAUGGACUGUGGUCUCCAGUGACUGUGGAGCUACCAUGUUCAAGGUUACCAAAUUGUUGAAGGGCAAUGAGUACAUCUUCAGAGUCAUGGCCGUCAACAAAUAUGGUGAGGGCGAGCCUCUUGAGUCUGCGCCAGUCAUCAUGAGAAAUCCAUUUGUUCCUCCUGCCUCACCUCAGGAGCUUGAGAUCACUAACAUUACUAGGGACUCUAUGACUGUCUGCUGGAACCGCCCUGAGACAACAGGAGGCAGUGAGAUUGUUGGUUACAUUGUUGAGAAGAGAGACAGAGCUGGAGUGAGGUGGACCAAGUGCAACAAACGCAGGGUGACAGACUUGCGUUUCAGAGUAACAGGACUAACGGAAGACCAUGAAUAUGAAUUUAGGGUAUCGGCUGAGAAUGUAGCUGGAGUGGGGCAGUCAAGCCCAUGUACACCCUACUUCAAAGCCUGUGACCCUACCUUUGAACCAGGCUGUCCCACCAAUGCCCAUGUGGUCGACACAACUAAAGACUCCAUCAGUCUGGCCUGGCAUAGGCCUAUCUAUGAUGGUGGUUGUGAGAUUCAAGGAUACGCUGUGGAAAUUACCAAGGCGGAUGAGGGGGAAUGGAUGAUAUGCACCCCACCCUCUGGAGUUAAUGCUACCAAGUUUACCAUCACCAAGUUGAUAGAGCAUCAGGAAUACAAGGUGCGCAUCUGUGCCAUCAAUAAGGUGGGUGUUGGUGAGCCCACUGAGAUCCAGGGAGUUGUGAAACCUAUGGAUAAGAUUGAUCCUCCAGAGAUGAUUCUGGAUUCAGAGCUCAGGAAGGGAAUAGUAGUCCGCGCAGGUGGCUCAAUGAGAAUCUGCAUUCCAUUUAAGGGCCGUCCUACUCCUGAGAUUAGCUGGGCCAAGGAGGAUGGAGAACUCUCAAGUAAAGUUCAGAUAGGGACUGGGGAAGAUUACACACAGCUCUCUGUUGACAUCUGUGACAGAUAUGAUGCUGGAAAGUACAUACUCAAUUUAGAAAAUAGCGCCGGCACCAAAUCAGCCUUUGUCUCUGUUAAAGUUCUGGACACUCCAGGGGCCCCUCUGAAUUUAACAGUAAAAGACAUUAAGAGAGAAAGUGUUACUCUGACCUGGGAGCCUCCUCUGAUUGAUGGUGGUGCAAGAAUCAAGAAUUACCUGGUUGAAAAGCGGGAAUCCACCAGGAAGGUUUAUUCUAAUGUGGAUAACAAGUGCACAAAGACAAGCUACCGUAUCACUGGCCUCACUGAAGGAACUAUCUACUAUUUCAGAGUCUUAGCUGAGAACGAGUUUGGCGUGGGACAGCCAGCUGAGACAGAGGAUUCAGUUAAGACAUCUGAGCCUCCUCUGUCUGUGGGUAAGGUCACUUUGACUGAAGUGACCAAAACCACUGCCUCACUCUCCUGGGAGAAGCCAGACCAUGAUGGAGGCAGCAGGAUCAUGGGCUACUACAUUGAGAUGCAGCCUGUGGGGUCAGAGGAAUGGGUGGUGGCCACUACAACCAAAACGUGUGAGGGCACUGUCACAGGCCUUAGCGCAGGACAUGAGUACCUGUUUAGAGUGUCAGCUUUCAAUGAGAAGGGCAAGAGUGACCCCAGGCCUCUGGCUUUACCAGUCACUGCUAAAGAUGUAACUAUUGAGCCCAGAUUCAAGAUGACAUUCAACACUUACAGUUUACAGAAUGGUGAGGAUCUGAAGAUUGAGAUUCCAGUGAUGGGACGCCCUGUUCCCAAGGUAGAAUGGAAAAAGGAUGGACAAGCUCUUAAGGAGACAACCAGAGUAAAUGUAUCUACCACACCAUCAUCUACUAAGCUGUGCAUCAAGGAUGCAAAUAAGGAUGACGCUGGUAAAUACACUGUCACAGCCACCAGCAAUGUCGGAACAGCUACAGAGGAGAUUACUGUUAUUAUUCUUGAUAAACCUGGACCACCCACAGGCCCUGUGAAGAUUGAGGAGGUGAGCUCUAACUAUGUUACUCUCUCCUGGGAGCCACCAAAUUAUACUGGAGGCUGUCAGAUCAACAACUACAUUGUGGAGAAGAGAGACACCACCACGACAGCAUGGCAGAUUGUGUCUGCUACUAUUGCCAGGACAACAAUCAAAGUCACCAACUUGAAGACUGGGGUUGAGUAUCAAUUCAGAGUGUCUGCUGAGAAUAGAUAUGGAAAGAGUUCUGCCAUUAUCUCUCCUGCUGUUAUUGCUCAGUAUCCAUUCAGUGAGCCUGCUGCCCCAGGAAUGCCAAUUAUUUCUGCUGCAAACAAGGAUAACAUGGUUGUUGAAUGGAAAUCUCCCACGAACAAUGGAGGCAGCCCCAUCCUAGGCUAUCACCUUGAGAGAAAGGAGAAGAACAGCCUCUUGUGGACUAAACUCAACAAGCUUCUAAUCCCAGACACACGUUUCAAGACUACGGAGCUGGAAGAAGGUAUUGAGUAUGAAUUCAGAGUUUAUGCUGAGAACAUUGCUGGAAUCAGCCCAGCUAGCAAGGUCUCUGACAGCACAGUUGCCAGAGACCCCUGUGACCCACCAGGCACUCCUGAGGCUAUUGAAAUCACCAGAAACCAUGUGACACUCCAGUGGACCAGGCCUCAAUAUGACGGAGGCAGUGCAAUCACUGGCUAUAUGAUUGAGAUGAGGAAGCACCCAGAUACCCGCUGGAUGAAGGCCAGCUUCACCAACAUCAUCGAUACCCAGUUCACACUCACUGGCCUGACUGAAGACUGUGUUUACGAGUUCAGAGUUAUUGCCAGGAAUGCUGCUGACAUUUCCAGCCGUCCUUCUCGGAGCACAGGAGAGAUUACUGCUAAAGAUGAAAUUGAGGCUCCAGGAGCCACAAUGGAUUCUAAAUUCAAGGAUCUGAUUGUAGUUCGUGCUGGUGAAACAUUUGUUAUUGACACUGACUACACUGGCAAGCCUCUGCCUGAGGUCAUUUGGUUAAAGGAUGGAAAGGAGAUUGACAAAGCCACACCAAGAAUGGAGGUCAAGACCACACUCACACGUACCAUCCUGACAGUAAAAGAUUGCAUUAGAGUCGACGGUGGCCACUUUGUCCUCAAACUUGUAAAUGUGGGAGGAGUUAAGAUGAUCCCAGUUAAUGUUAAAGUUCUGGAUAGACCUGGUCCUCCAGAUGGCCCACUAGAAAUCAAAGGGGUCACAGCUGAGAAAUGUUAUCUUCACUGGAACCAUCCUUCACAUGAUGGUGGAGCCAGCAUCUCUCACUACAUCAUUGAGAAGAGAGAGACCAGUCGUUUGUCAUGGACCGUGGUUGAGCCCAAGAUCCAGGCCAUCAGCUACAAAAUCACAAAACUGCUGCCUGGCAAUGAAUACAUCUUCAGAGUCACUGCUGUGAAUAAAUAUGGUGUUGGUGAGCCUUUGGAAUCUGAGUCUGUCAUUGCUCGUAACCCCUUCACCACUCCCAGUGCCCCCUCCACCCCAGAGGCCAGCGCUAUCACUAGGGAUUCCAUGGUGCUUACAUGGGAGAGGCCAGAGGAUAAUGGAGGAGCUGAGAUUGAAGGAUAUAUCCUUGAAAAACGUGAUAAGGAUGGCAUCAGAUGGACUAAGUGCAAUAAGAAGAGGCUGAAUGACCUGAGAUUCAGAUGCACUGGCCUUACAGAGGGCCACUCCUAUGAAUUCAGGGUCUCAGCUGAAAAUGCUGCUGGUGUGGGAAAACCUAGUGCACCAACUCAAUACAUCAAGGCAUGUGAUGCCACUUAUCCGCCAGGACCUCCAAAUAACCCCAAAGUCACAGACCAUUCAAGCACCACAGUCUCCCUGUCCUGGUCCAGGCCUAUCUAUGAUGGUGGAGCACAGAUUAGCGGAUAUAUUGUUGAAAUGAAGGAGACAGCGGAUGAUGAAUGGAUUGCUUGCACACCACCCACUGGUGUCCAGGUUACUCACUACACUGUAAAGAAACUGAAGGAGAAUGCCGAGUACAACUUCCGCCUCUGUGCUGUUAACUGUGAGGGAGUAGGAGAGCAUGUGGACCUACCGGGGUCUGUGAUCGCCGCAGAGAAGCUGGAAGCUCCUGAAAUUGAACUAGAUGCUGACCUAAGGAAGAUGGUCAAUGUUCGUGCCUCUGCCACCCUCCGUCUAUUUGUGACAAUCAGGGGAAAGCCUGAGCCUGAGGUCAAAUGGUCAAAGGCUGAUGGAACCCUGAAUGAGCGUGCCCAGAUUGAAGUCACAAGCUCUUACACAAUGCUGGUGAUUGAGAAUGUUGACAGAUUCGACACUGGGAAAUAUGUACUGACUCUUGAUAACCUGAGUGGCUCUAAAUCUGCCUUCAUCAAUGUUAGAGUUCUGGACUCCCCCAGUGCUCCUACCAACCUAGAGGUUAAGGAUGUGAAAAGAAAUUCUGUCUCUCUCUCCUGGGAGCCUCCUCUAAUUGAUGGUGGGGCUAAGAUAUCACACUAUAUUGUGGAGAAGAGAGAGCAGAAAAGAAUGGCUUUCACCAGUGUUUGCACCAACUGUGUGAGGAACUCGUACAUUAUUUCUGAACUGCAGGAGGGAGGCCGAUACUAUUUCCGUGUAUUAGCUGUGAAUGAGCUUGGAGUGGGUCUGCCUGCCUCCACAGAACAAGUCAAGGUCUCUGAGGCUCCUUUGCCUCCUGGUAAGAUUGUCCUGGUUGAUGUUACUCGUCAUACUGUCACCCUUUCUUGGGAAAAACCUGAUCAUGAUGGAGGCAGCAAGAUUACAAACUAUAUUGUGGAGAUGCAGCCCAAGGGAGAUGACAAAUGGACUGUGUGCAGUGAAGUUAAAGCACUGGAAGUUACUAUUGACGGACUUACAGCUGGAGAAGAAUACUCCUUUAGGGUGAUUGCUGUGAAUGAUAAGGGCAAGAGUGAUGCCAAACCUUUGGCUACACCUGUGGUUGUGAAGGACAUCAUAGUAGAGCCCACCAUCAACCUGUUGUUCAACACAUACAGUGUAAAAGCAGGAGAUGAUUUGAAGAUUGAUGUUCCCUUCAAAGGUAGACCUCAGCCAAAGGUGUCCUGGAAGAAGGACGGCCAGGUUCUUAAGCAGACAACAAGGGUCAAUGUUCUUACCUCCAAGACCUCAUCCAAGAUUACCAUCAAGGACACAACCAAAGAGGAUGUAGGAAAGUAUGAAAUAACUUUGAGUAACUCAGUUGGCACUAAAACAGCUGAAAUAUCUGUUAUAAUCCUGGACAAACCCGGCCCACCCAGCAAUAUUAAGGUGGAUGAGGUGAGCGCUGAUUUCAUCUGUCUGUCUUGGGAUCCUCCAACCUAUGAUGGUGGAUGCCAGAUUAAUAACUAUGUGGUGGAGAAGAGAGAAACUACCACAACCACAUGGCAGAUUGUAUCAGCCACAGUGGCCAGGACAUCAAUUAAGGUGUCUCGUCUCACUCAGGGACAAGAGUACCAUUUCCGUAUUGCAGCUGAGAACCGUUAUGGCAAGAGUCAUGCUAUUGAUUCUGCUCCAGUUGUUGCUCAGUAUCCCUUUGAACCCCCUGGACCUCCAACCAACCUCCAUGUUGCCCAUGCCACCAAGAUUGGCAUGCUUGUUGUAUGGGGAAGACCUGCAAGUGAUGGGGGAAGCCCUGUUAUUGGUUAUCACAUUGAAUGCAAAGAGCAAAGCAGCAUUCUGUGGACCAAGGUCAACCGAGGACUGCUGGCUGAGAACCAGUUUAAGAUGACAGGCAUUGAAGAAGGCCUGCUGUAUCAGUUCAGAGUCUAUGCUGAGAAUAUUGCUGGCAUUGGUCCAUGCUCUAAGGCUAGCGACCCUGUGGCAGCCAGAGAUCCAUGUGAACCUCCACAUAACCUGAGAGUCACCAACAUUACCAGGACCUCAGUUUCUCUCUUCUGGGAGAGGCCGGGAUAUGAUGGCGGAGCAAAGAUUACUGGCUACAUUGUUGAGCGUAAAGAACUUCCAAAUGGCCGCUGGCUGAAAUGCAACUUCACUAAUCUUCAGGACACUUACUUUGAUGUUACAGGCCUCACAGAAGAUGUCCAAUAUGACUUCCAUGUCAUCGCUAAGAAUUCUGCAGAGCUGUUGAGUGCUCCCUCAGAAAGCACUGGUCCUGUCACAGUCAAGGAUGAUGUAGACCCUCCCACUAUAAUCCUGGAAGACAAGUUCAGACAGCUGGUUGUCAUUAAAGCUGGUGAGAUCAUUAGAAUUGAUGCUGAAAUCACAGGCCGUCCACUCCCAGUCGUCUCAUGGUCUAAAGAUGGAAAGGAGAUUGAGGCCAAGGCCAGGUGUGAAAUCACCUCCACCAAUUUCACAACCACUCUGAUUGUCAGAGACACUAUCAGGAGGGACUCUGGCCAGUAUGUCCUGACCCUGCACAAUGUGGCAGGAACCAGGUCUGUGGCUAUCAACUGUAAGGUUCUGGACAGACCUGGACCUGCUUCAGGACCUUUGGCAGUGUCUGGGCUUACAGCAGAGAAAUGCACCAUAACAUGGGGACCCCCUCAGGAGAACGGUGGUGCUGAAAUUAUGCACUACAUUGUGGAGAAACGUGAGACAAGUCGCAUUGCCUGGACUCUUGUCUAUGGAGACAUGAAGGCAACCACCUGUAAAGUGACCAAGUUGCUCAAAGGAAAUGAGUACAUCUUCAGAGUCAGGGGAGUUAACAAAUAUGGGGAUGGUGAGGCCCUGGAGAGUGAGCCAGUAAAGGCCAUGGAUCCAUUUACUGUGCCUGCAGCUCCCACUAAUGUCCAGGUCACCUCAGUUACUAGUGAGGCGAUGACCAUCUGUUGGGAAAGACCCGUUUCUGAUGGUGGCAGCAGCAUCUCUGGCUAUGUAAUUGAAAAGAGAGAGAAGACUGGUCUUCGCUGGUGCCGUGUUAACAAGAAACCCGUUUAUGACCUUAGAGUCAAAGCCUCACACCUUCGUGAGGGCUGUGAGUAUGAGUACCGAGUGUUUUCAGAGAAUGCUGCUGGCCUCAGUGCUCCUAGCAUCCCUUGCCCACUCACCAAGGCAGAAGACCCACAGUUCCUGCCUUCACCUCCUGCCAAGCCUAAGAUCAUUGACUCCACAAAGACCACAAUCACCCUGUCAUGGAAUAAGCCACUAUUUGAUGGUGGAGCACUUGUAACUGGAUACAGAGUAGAAUACAGGAAGGCUUUAGAUGAUGAAUGGAUUGUUGGAGUCCAGAACACUAAGACCACAGAGUUUACAGUGGUGGGAUUGACUCCUGGGGCUGAAUAUGUGUUUGUUGUCAAGUCCAUUAACAAGAUUGGAGUCAGUGAGCCCAGUGCUGAGUCAGACAAACAGGUUGCCAAAGAAAGAGAGGAGGAGCCAGUCUUUGACAUCAGCAAUGAGAUGAGGAAGACUCUUAUUGUGAAGGAUGGGAGCUCUUUCACCAUGACGGUGCCAUUCAGAGGCAAACCCAUCCCCAGUGUUACUUGGAGUAAACCUGAUGUUGACCUUAGAGUCCGCGCUGUCAUUGACACCACAGACACUUUCACCUCUAUCACCUUAGAGAAAGCAACUCGCAAUGACUCUGGUAAAUACACCGUCACCUUAUCCAGCGUAGCUGGAACCUCCUCCUUGACACUCAAUGUCAGAGUCCUGGACUCCCCCGGACCUCCUGCACAUUUAGAAGUCAAAGAAGUGACCAAGACUUCUGCUACUGUAACCUGGGACACUCCUGAGAACGAGGGAGGAGGACCAGUAAAGAACUACCUUAUUGAUAUCCGUGAGGCCAGCAAGAAAGGCUGGACAAGGUUGACUGAUACAUGCCACAGACUGACAUACAAGGUGACAGACUUGCAGGAGGGAGGAGUUUACUACUUCAGAGUGACAGGCGAGAAUGAGUAUGGUGUUGGUGUUCCUGCUGAAACCCAAGAGGGAACCAAGAUCACAGAAAAACCAAGCCCCCCACCAAAGCUUGGUGUGACUGAUGUUACCAAAGAGAGUGUGUCGCUGGCCUGGGCCAAACCAGAACAAGAUGGAGGCAGCAGAAUUACAGGCUACCUAGUGGAAGCUCUGGAGAAAGGCCAGGAGAAGUGGGUUAGGUGUGGUGUAACCAAGUCUAUCCACCUCACAGUGUCUGGUCUGAGGGAGAAUGCUGAGUACUUCUUCAGGGUCAGAGCUGAGAACCACGCUGGAUUCAGUGAUGCAAAGGAAAUGGUCACCCCUGUAGUGGUCAAAGACCAGCUUGAAUCUCCUGAGAUCAACAUGAAGGAUUUCCCUCACAACACAGUGUAUGUUAGAGCCGGCUCCACCCUCAAAUGUGAGAUCCCACUGACAGGCCGGCCUUUGCCUAAAGUCAUGCUGUCUAAGGAUAACGUGCUGCUCAAGUCAACAAUGAGGUUCAACUCUGAAGUCACCCCUGACAGCAUCAAGAUCACUUUACGCGAGAGCAUUGCUGGAGACUCAGGACGCUAUGAUAUCACUGCCUCCAACUCCAGUGGAACCACCAAGUCCUUUGUAAACGUUGUGGUUUUGGACCGUCCUAGUGCCCCGCUUGGACCUGUGGAGCUGUUUGACGUCACAGAAGACAGCGUUAGCCUGAAGUGGCUCCCACCGGCAUAUGAUGGUGGCAGCCCCAUCACCAACUACAUCAUCCAGAAGAGAGAGACAACCACAGCCAACUGGAUGGAUGUCUCUUCUGCUGUGGCACGCUGCACCAUGAAGAUCAUGAAGCUGACCACGGGCCUGGAGUACCAGUUCAGAAUCAGGGCUGAGAACAGAUAUGGAAUCAGCGAACACAUUGACUCACCAACUGUCACUGUCAGCCUUCCUUACACUAUUCCUGAUGCUCCCUCAACACCAGAAAUCACUGCUGUAACUAGGGAGAGCAUUACUGUAGCCUGGAAGGAGCCCAAGUCAGAUGGUGGCAGCCACGUGUUUGGCUACCAUGUCCAGAUGAAAGACAGAAACAGCAUCCUUUGGCAGAGAGUCAACAAAACGGUGAUCCGGGCCACACACUUCAAAGUCACCAACAUUAAUGCUGGACUUAUUUAUGAGUUUAAGGUUGCAGCAGAGAACGCUGCUGGAAUCAGUGCCUUCAGCAAGAGUUCUGAUGCAGUGCUGGCUAUUGAUGCCUGUGAGCCACCCAUUAAUCUGCGCAUCAGUGACAUCACUAAGAACUCCAUCAGCCUGGCUUGGCAGAAACCUAACUAUGAUGGUGGAUCCCAAAUCACUGGCUACUUCAUUGAGAAGAAAGAGGGCGUUAGUGCCCGGUGGUCGAAGGCUAAUCUCACUAAUGUCACAGACACACGCUUCACUGUGACUGGCCUAACCCAAGACGAGACAUACGAGUUCAGAGUCAUGGCCAAGAAUGCCGUUGGCUCAGUGAGCAACCCAUCCAUGACCGCUGGACCAGCCACGUGUGUAGACACCUACGGUGCCCCAGAGAUUGAAAUACCUCAGGAGUACCUCAAUGAGGUCAAACACAAGGCUGGCUCUAAUGUGGAGCUCAAGUUUAAUAUCACAGCUAAACCUGCUCCAACUAUUGAGUGGUUUAAGGAUGGCAGAGAGCUUGAGCCCACCGCCCAACUCUCCUUCAAACACACAUUUGAGUACACAAGUUUGUCACUGAAGGAAACCACUCGUUUGAAUUCUGGUACCUAUGAGGUCAAGGUGAAGAACUCCCUGGGAUCUGCAUGCGCUGUUGUCAGGCUGCUCAUUCAAGACAAGCCAGGCCCCCCUGCUGGAGAGAUUCAGUUUAAGAAGGUGACUGCUGACAACAUAACCAUCAUGUGGUCCCCACCUGCUGAUGAGGGCGGUGCAAUGGUAACUCACUACAUUGUGGAGAAGCGGGAGACCAGCAGGGUCAUGUGGUCCAUUGUGUCAGAGAAACUGGUUGACUGCAUCGUCAACGUGCCCAGACUCAUCCAGGGCAAUGAGUACAUCUUCAGAGUCCGUGGAGUCAACAAGUACGGCAUUGGAGACCCACUGGAGUCUGAGCCAGUAAUCGCAAAGAACGCAUUUGUUCCUCCUAGCGAGCCAUCCAAGCCUAAAGUGACCAUGAUCACCAAGUCCACCAUGACAGUGAUCUGGGAAAGACCAGCGUUGGAUGGAGGCAGCGACAUUGACGGCUACUACCUGGAGAAGAGGGAGAAGAAGAGUCUGCAGUGGUUCAAGGUGGUGAAGGGCACAAUCAGAGACACCAGGCAGAAAGUUCCCAACCUGGUGGAGAACAACGAGUAUCAGUACAGAGUUUGUGCUGUCAACAAGGCUGGAGCAGGAAACUACUCUGAGCCCUCUGACCUCUACAAGGCCUACGACCCCAUCGAUCUGCCAGGUGAACCAUCCAAGCUCCGUGUGGUCGACUCCACAAAGACUUCCAUCACUCUCGGCUGGGAGAAGCCCGUUUAUGAUGGCGGCAGUGAAAUCACACACUACAUUUUGGACCAGAUGAAUACAGAGGACAAAGAAUGGGUAACCAUCAACCCACAGGUCAAGACCUGUGAGUAUGUGGUGUCCCACCUCAAACCUGGAACCUACUACUACUUCAGAGUCUCUGCUGUCAACUGCAAGGGCAAAGGAGAGGACAUCAAAAUGUACCAACCUACGCAAGCCAAAGAUAUCUUGGAGGAGGCUGAUUUGGACUUGGAUGUUCCCAUGACGACGCAAUACACAGCCAGGGCUGGCCGUGACGUGAAAGUUUUUAUCCCCCUGAAGGGACGCCCCGUCCCCAAUGUCACCUGGCGCCGCGGCGACCGCAACAUGGCUGGUGACAACCGCUACACCAUCACCAGUACUGAGCGAGCCACCACACUCGUCAUACCCAAAGUCACCCGCAAUGACUGUGGCAAGUACCUGCUGGAGAUUGAGAACGGCGUGGGAGAACCUAAGAUAAUUACUGUUUCCCUUAAGGUUCUGGACAGUCCUUCCACCUGCCAGAAACUGAUGAUCAAGAACGUGACGAGAGGAAAACUGACCCUCAGCUGGGAGGCUCCUCUCAUUGAUGGCGGUUCCCCUGUCACGAAUUACAUUGUCGAGAAGAAGGCCUCCACCAUGAAAGCUUACCAGGUGAUCACUGCUGAGUGUGCCAACACAACUUUCAAGGUGUCAGGCCUGGAGGAAGAUAUAGCUUACUUCUUCCGUGUGUCCGCUGAAAAUGAGUAUGGUGUGGGUGACACCUGUGAGACCACUGAGCCUGUCAGAGCCACAGAAACUCCAGGAGCUGUUAAAGAUCUGGUGAUGGUGGACUCCACAAAGAACUCUGUUACCCUGCAGUGGACCAGACCUGACCACGAUGGUGGCAGCCACAUCACUGAAUACAUCAUUGAGAAGAGAACUAAGGAAGACCCCACCUGGACCUUGGGUGCUACAUGCAAGCGCUGCAGCUGUGAGGUCACAGGACUCAAGGAGGAUGCUGUUAUGGACUUCAGAGUGUUUGCCAAGAAUGAGAAGGGCAACAGUGACUUCUCCCAGAUUGGUCCAAUCACAGUGAUGGACUUAAUUAUUCCACCCGAGGCCAUCCUCAGCGACUACCCCAAUGGAGAGCUUGCUGUUCGUAUUGAUCAGAACAUCCACAUUGAACUGCCCUUCAAGGGUAAACCAAAACCUGCAAUCAGCUGGCUGAAGGAUAACUUGCCUCUGAAGGAAAGUGACAAGAUUCGCUUCAGGACCACUGACAACAAGACUGCAGUCACAGUCAGAGGAGCCAAGAAGGAGCAUGCCGGCCAGUACACCCUGGUUCUGGACAACAGAGUUGUCAAGAACUACUUUGACAUUAAUGUGAUCACUCUGGGACCCCCCUCAGCACCUGUUGGUCCCACCCGCUUUGAUGAGAUUAAAGCUGAUAGUAUCAUCAUCUCCUGGGAUGAGCCAAAGGAUGACGGAGGUGGCGAGAUCACCUGCUACAGCGUAGAGAAACGUGAGACGUCUCAUGCCAACUGGAAGAUGGUCUGCUCCAGCGUUAUCAGGACCACCUUCAAGAUUCCCAACCUGGUCAAGGGAACUGCAUACCAAUUCAGGGUCCGUGCAGAGAACAAGUAUGGAGUCAGUGAACCACUGAUCUCCUCAGAUAUUGUUGCCCAACACCAGUACAAACCUCCAGGCCCCCCAGGAAAGCCAGUGGCCUACAACAUAACCAGUGAUGGUAUGACCAUCAGGUGGGAGGCCCCAGGUUUUGAUGGAGGAUCCCCCAUUUUGGGCUAUCAUGUUGAGAAGAAGGAUAGGAACAGCCUCUUGUGGCAGAAAGUGAACUCCACCAUCAUUUCCAACAGAGAGUACAGAAUAAUCAGUCUCAUUGAGGGACUGGAGUACUCCUUCAGAGUCUAUGCUGAGAACAAUGCUGGAAUUAGCCCUGUUAGUGAACAGAGCAAACAUGCGCUUGCUAUCUCCCCUGUUGAUCCACCUGGCACCCCUGUCUGCAUCGAUGUAACCAGAGACUCAGUUACCCUGCAAUGGGAAAUCCCCAAGAGGGACGGUGGCAGCAAAAUUGUGGCCUACAGUGUGGAGAGGCGCCAAGGUAGAGCCAAAUGGCUACGCUGCAACUUCACUGAUAUCAGUGAAACCCAAUUCACUGUGACUGGUCUAUCUGCUGGAGACAGAUUUGACUUCAGAGUGAUUGCCAGGAAUGCUGUGGGCACAGUCAGUCCACCAUCUAACUCCUCUGGAUACAUCAUGACCAAAGAUGAGAGCAUUGCUCCUGAGAUCGAGUGGUCUCCAGACCAGGUGCUCACCAUGAGGGCCGGAGAGAACGUUAAGCUCAGCUGCAGCAUCACUGGACGUCCCGUCCCCCAGGUUGUCUGGUAUAAGGAUGGCAAAGAGAUCGACAAGAGGACCAUGAUUGACAUUGAGAUUACCAAAGGCAUUGGUACCAGCAGUCUGUUUAUUCGUGAUGCUGACAGGAAUCACCGUGGAAUCUACACUGUAGAGGCCAAGAACAGUUCCGGUACCAAGAAAGCUGAUGUCAACGUCAGAGUUCAAGAUACCCCCGGACCUGUUGAGGGUCCCAUCCGUUUCACCAGCAUUACGGCAGAGAAGUGCACUGUGUGGUGGAACCCGCCGGAGAAUGACGGCUGUGCCGCCAUCACCCACUAUGUGGUGGAGAAGAGGGAGACAUCCAGGAUCACCUGGGCCUUGGUCACCUCCAAGUGUGAAGCCUGUUCUUACAAUGCCACCAAUCUCAUCAAGGGCAAUGAGUACCAGUUCAGAAUCUCUGCUGUCAACAAGUUUGGUGUUGGCAAACCACUGGACUCUGAUGCUAUCAUCGCAAAGAUGCAAUACACUGUGCCUGAUGCCCCUGGUACCCCAGAUGCCACCCAUGUGACUGGAGACAGUAUCACCCUGUGCUGGACCAGGCCAAGGUCAGAUGGAGGCAAUGAGAUCAAACACUACAUCCUGGAGAGGAGAGAGAAGAAGAGCCUGCGCUGGGUGAAAGUUUCUUCCAAGAGGCCCAUCACAGAGCUAAGGCACCGUGUCACCAACCUCACCGAGGGCAAUGAGUACGAGUUCCGCGUCAUGGCUGAAAAUGGUGCUGGUGUCGGACCUGCCAGCAGUACCUCCAGGCUCUUCAAAUGCAAAGAACCAACCAGUGCUCCUAGUGCCCCCACAGUGAUCAAGGUCACUGACUCCACUAAGUCCUCUGUCACCCUGGAAUGGACCAAGCCAGUGUUCGACGGUGGGUUGCAAAUCAUUGGCUACAAUAUCGACAUGUGUAAGGCCAGUCUGGAAGAGUGGCACAGAGUCAACAGCCAGAUUUGCCUCCACACCAGGUACACUGCUAAGGGCCUGGUGCCCGGAGAGCUCUACAAGUUCAGGGUCAGUGCUGUAAAUGGAUCGGGCGAAGGCGAAGCCUCAGUGAUGCCCAAUCCUGUUCAGGCUCUGGACAGACUUACAUCUCCUGAGAUCGACAUUGAUGCCAACUUCAAGCAAACUCACAUUGUGAAGAAUGGUGGCACAGUGACCCUCCAAGUUGCCUUCCGUGGUAAACCAGCUCCUCUCGCAACCUGGUCUAAGGUGGACAGUGAGCUGCCUGUCAUGGCUGAUGUCAACACUACAGAUUCGUUCUCUACUCUGACCAUUGAAGGGUGCACAAGGUAUGAGGCCGGCAAAUACACUCUAUCUCUGGAAAAUAACAGUGGCCGCAAGUCCAUCACAUUCACUGUCAAAGUGCUGGACACACCUGGACCUCCAGGAGCCAUCACCUUUAAAGAUGUUACCCGUGGAGCCUUGACAAUGAUGUGGGAUGUCCCCACCAAUGACGGCGGAUCCCGAAUCCACCACUACAUCGUGGAUAAGCGCGAGGCCAGCCGUCUGGCCUGGCAGGAGGUCAGCACCAAGUGCUCUCGCCAGAUAAUCAGGGUAACUGGUCUGGAUAUUGAAGUGCCAUAUCUGUUCAGGGUGUUUGCAGUUAAUCAGUAUGGCCAGGGAGAACCUCAUGAGAUGACGGAGCCUAUCAUUGCCACAGAAGAACCUGCGCCACCCAAGAGACUGGAUGUUGUCGACACCACCAACUCCACAGCCUCACUGGUGUGGCUGAAACCUGAGCAUGAUGGAGGCAGCCGCAUCAGAGGCUACAUUGUUGAAUUCAGAGCUAAAGGUAGUGACCGCUGGGUUGUUAGUGGAGAGACCAAGUCCCAGAAGAUGCUGGUGGAGGGUCUGAUCGAAAACACAGAGUAUGACUUCAGAGUCAAGGCCAAGAACGAUGCUGGAAUCAGUGAGCCUCAGGGUACCUUCGGCUCUGUGGUCAUUAAGGAGCCUCGCAUCGAACCAACUGCUGACCUCAGCAGCAUCACCAACCAGCUCAUUACCUGCAAGACCUCCAGCACCUUCACAAUUGACAUUCCUAUCAGUGGCAGGCCUGCACCCAAGGCCACCUGGAAGCUGGAGGAGAUGAAGCUGAAGGAGACCGAGAGAGUCUCCAUUAAGUCGACAAAGGAGAGAACCACUCUGGUGGUGAAAGACAGCAAGAGAAGUGACAGCGGCAAAUAUUAUCUGACCCUGGAGAAUGCUGCUGGUGUGAAGACGUUCACAGUGACAGUGGUCGUCAUUGGCAGACCGAGUCCACCAACAGGCCCUGUGGAUAUUUCUGGAGUUUCCUCAGAGUCCUGCACCCUGUCUUGGUCUGAGCCAGCUGAUGAUGGUGGCACAGACAUCACCAACUACAUUGUGGAAAAACGAGAGUCUGGUUCUGCCUCCUGGCAAGUGGUAAACUCUAGUGUGAAGAGAACCACAAUCAAAGUGACUCAUCUUACCAAGUACAUGGAGUACACCUUCAGAGUGUGCGCUGAGAACAAGUUCGGAGUCAGCAAGUCCAUUGAGUCUGCUGCUGUUGUCAUUGAGCAUCCAUUUGUUCCUCCAAGUCCACCAACUCGUCCAGAUGUGGUAGCUGUGUCUGCCAACGCCAUCAGCAUCAAAUGGGAUGUGCCAUAUGCAGAUGGUGGCAGCAAGUUGACGGGCUACUGGAUCGAGAAGAAGGAACGGAACACGAUUCUGUGGGUGAGAGAAAACAAACUGCCCUGUCUGGAGUGUCAUUACAAAGUAUCCAACCUGAUCGAGGGCCUGGAGUACCAGUUCAGGGUGUACGCCAUGAACAUCGCCGGACUCAGCAAGGCCAGUGAGGCUUCCAGACCAGUGAUGGCACUUAAUCCUGUUGAUCCUCCUGGUAAACUCGAGGUGACGGACAUCAGCCGCUCCUCUGUUUCAUUGUGCUGGACCGUGCCAUUCAAUGAUGGCGGCAGCAAGAUUGUAGGUUACGUGGUGGAGAGGAAAGUCUACAGCACGGAUGAGUGGGAUGACAACCGCUGGCUCAAGUGCAACUACACCACCAUCACUGAGAACUACUUUACCGUAAAUAACUUGGGAGAGGGAGAGACCUAUGAAUACCGUGUCAUCGCCAAGAAUGCUGCCGGUGUUCACAGCGCACCCUCAGAGUCCACCGGACCAGUCACAUGCAAGGAUGAAUACUCUCCUCCCAAAGCUGAGCUUGACAGCAAGCUGGUGGGUGAGACAGUCACUGUAUCUGCCGGCUCCGAUCUCGUCCUGGACGGUGCUGUAGGUGGUAAACCAGAGCCGACAGUGUACUGGUCGAAGGGCGAAAAGAUUUUGGACCUCGGAGAGAAAUACUCACUGACCUACACUGCCACCAGAGCCAUGGCCAUCAUCAAGAACUGUGACAGAUAUGACACAGGCAGAUACAUUCUGACUGUCAAGAACGCCAGUGGAAUCAAGACCGCUGCUGUCAGCGUUAAAGUUCUAGACACUCCUGGACCUCCAGCUGAUAAGAUCGUAAUCAGCAGAGUGACGGAGGAGAAGUGUACGGUAUCCUGGAAGAUUCCUUUGGAGGAUGGUGGAGACACUGUCAGCCAUUACAUAGUGGAGCGUCGCGAGACCAGCCGCCUCAACUGGGUGGUCAUGGAGACAGAGUGCAAGACUCUGUCAUGUGUCAGCACAAGGCUGAUUAAGAACAAUGAGUACAUCUUCAGAGUCAGAGGAGUCAACAAGUUCGGAGCUGGAGUUCCUCUAGAGUCUGAUCCCAUCAUCGCCAGGAAGGCCUACACAAUCCCGUCCCAGCCGGGCACACCAGAAGCUACAGCGGUGGGUAAGGAGCAUGUCAUCAUUGAGUGGCUGAAGCCCGAGAGUGACGGAGGCAGUGAGAUCAAAAACUACAUAGUGGAUAAACGAGAGAAGAGCAGCACCAGAUGGACUCGUGUGAAUAAGACUUACACCAUCUACGACACCCGUCUGAAGAUCACAGGCUUGCUGGAGGGAAGCGAGUACCAGUUCAGAGUGACUGCCAUCAAUGCUGCUGGAGACAGCCAGCCAAGCGAUGCCUCGACAUACAUCCUCUGCAAAGACCCCACAUAUACACCGGCUCCUCCAUCAAUGCCUCGUAUCACCGACACGACCAAGCACAGCAUCAGCAUGACCUGGACCAGGCCCAUGUAUGACGGGGGCUCAGACGUCACUGGCUAUGUAGUUGAAAUCCUAGAGGAGGGGUCCGAGCAAUGGUACCGCGCCACCACCAAACCACUCAAGACCAAUGACUAUGUGGCUGUGGGCCUGGCAGCCAAUAAGAAGUACAGAUUCAGGGUAGCUGCGAUCAACAACAACGGCACCGGGGAGUUCAGUGAACCUAGUGCUGAGAUUGAGCCGCUGGAGAGAGUCGAAAUGCCCGACCUGGAGCUGGCCGACGACCUGAAGAAAACAGUUUGUCUGCGCGCUGGAGGAACCCUACGUCUGUUUGUGUCCUUCACCGGCCGGCCGACACCAGUGGUGGCCUGGAGGAAGACGGGCGUUGAGCUGCAGAGCCGCGGCUACAUUGAAACCACUGAUAGCUACACCUUGCUGAUGGUGGAAAAGGUUGAUCGCUACGACUCCGGAAAAUACGUUGUGGAGGCAGAGAACCCAUCUGGCAAGAAGACUGCCACCAUCCUGGUUAAAGUCUAUGACACUCCUGGUCCUCCAGGUUCUGUGAAGGUGAAGGACUAUACUAAGGAGUCCGUUGUGAUCACCUGGGAUGUUCCGAGCAUCGAUGGUGGUGCUCAUGUCAGCAACUACAUUGUAGAGAAGCGUGAGGCCAACAUGAAGUCAUACAAGACUGUCACCACUGAGUGUAGGAAGACCCUGUUCAGGAUCACUGGCCUGGAGGAGGGCAUGCACUACUUCUUCAGAGUCCUGCCAGAGAACAUAUAUGGCGUUGGUGAGCCCUGUGAGACGACAGAGGCUGUACUGGUGUGCGAGGUGCCGUCAGUGCCUCUGAAACUCCAGAUUGUCGAUGUCACCAAGUCCUCUGUCAUGCUGCAGUGGGAGAAGCCACUGCAUGAUGGCGGCAGCAGGCUGACGGGUUACAUCAUCGAAGCCUGUAAGGUGAACUCAGACAGGUGGAGUGCCGUGGCAACAGUCAAGGCCUCAGUGUCCAAGCACACCAUCCAAUCCCUGAUGGAGAACGACCAGUACCUGUUCAGAAUCCGAGCCACCAACAGUAGGGGAGUCAGUGAGCCCAUGGACAUUGUCACUCCGGUCACAAUCCAGGAGAUCAAGGUGAUGCCCAAGAUCGACAUGACCAGCAUCCCUCAGAAGAUCGUCCAUGUGCCCCGCGGCAAACCCAUCGACCUCAACAUCCCAAUAAAAGCCAGACCGCAACCUGUCUGCUCCUGGUUCUUUGGCAGCGUCAAGUUGAAAGACAGCCUGGACCGCAUCAAGAUCGACAGCAAUGGGAAAUACACCCACCUUAUGAUCCGUGAGACUACAAUCAAUGACACAGGAGACUACACGUUGGAGGUGAAGAACGCCAUCGGAAUGGCAACCGAGGUCAUCAAGGUCAUCAUCCUUGACAAACCUGGCAUCCCAAUCGGUCCAAUGAAGAUUGAGGAGGUUGACGGCGUGUCAGUGACAGUCAGCUGGGAACCUCCAGAGAAGGAUGGUGGAGCCAACGUCAGUGGCUAUGUGGUGGAGCAGCGCGAUGCCCACAGGCCAGGCUGGACCACCAUCUCAGAGUCAGUGACCCGACCCUGCUUCAAGUUCACUAGACUCACAGAGGGAACUGAGUAUGUGUUCCGCGUUGCCGCCAUGAAUCGCUUUGGCGUAGGCGGCUUCCUGCAGUCUGAGGUUGUGGAGUGCAAGAGCGCCAAGACCAUCCCUGGACCUCCAAGUAGGCCAGAGGUGAUUGAUGUCACCCAUGAGGGCAUGACCCUGACCUGGCAACCACCUGAAGACAAUGGUGGCUCCACCAUUGCUGGCUACAUCAUUGAACGUAAGGAGGCCCGUUCUGACAGGUGGAUGAGGAUCAACAAGAACCCCGUCACCAUGACCAGGUACCGUUCCUCUGGCCUGAUCGAGGGCCUGGAGUACGAAUACCGUAUCACUGCCAUCAACUCGAGAGGAGACGGAAAACCCAGCGAGAGCUCUGUCGUCACCAUUGCCAUGGAUCCCAUUGAGCCUCCAGGUUCGCCAGUUCAGCCCAGAGUCACAGACACCACCAGGACUUCAGUCUCUCUGGCUUGGUUGCCGCCUGAAGAGGAGGGUGGUGCUGUUAUUACUGGUUACUUCAUUGAGAUGCAGAAGGUAGACCAGGUGGAAUGGACACUGUGUAACACCACACCCACCAAGAUGUGCGAGUACACCCUCACCCACAUGCCCCAGGGUGCUGAGUACAAGUUCAGGGUCAUCGCCUGCAACGCUGGUGGUUCCGGAGAGCCUGCUGAGAUUCCUGGAGUGGUUAAAGUCCAGGAGAUGCUGUAUUAUCCUGACUAUGAGCUUGAUCGUAAAUACGAGGAGGGCUACGUGGUACGGCAGGGCGGAGUCAUCCAUCUGUCUGUGCCCAUCAAGGGUAAACCCAUCCCUACAUGCAAGUGGACCAAGGACGGUCGUGACAUUUCCCAUCGGGCCAUGAUCGCCACCCAUGAUGACAUCACUGAGCUUGUCAUCAAAGAGGCACAUAAAGACGACACUGGUACCUAUGACCUGAUGCUUGAGAACAAAUGCGGCAGGAAGGCUGUGUACAUCAAGGUAAAGGUGAUCGGUCGCCCUGAUGCCCCAGAGGGACCUCUAGAGUUCGACGACAUUCAAGCCAGAUCAGUCCGGGUCAGCUGGAGGCCACCGUCUGAUGAUGGCGGCUCCGACAUCCUGGGAUACAUCGUAGAAAGAAGGGAGGUACCCAAGGCCGCUUGGUAUACAGUGGAUGCCCGGGUCACUGAGAAUUCUCUGGUGGUGAAGGGCCUGAAGGAGAGUGUGGAGUAUCACUUCAAGGUUUCUGCUGAGAACCAGUUUGGUGUCAGCAGAUCUCUCAAGUCUGAUGAGUCUGUCACGCCAAAGACACCACUUUGCCCACCAGAACCUCCCAGCAACCCACCAGAGAUCAUGGAUGUGACCAAGUCUACGGUGGCACUGUCGUGGGCCCGACCUCGGGAUGAUGGAGGCUCCCGUGUCACAGGAUACUAUGUGGAAAGGAGGGAGGUGUCGACAGAGAAGUGGGUCCGCCACAACAAGACCCACAUCACCACCACCAUGUACAAUGUCACCGGUCUCAUCCCCGAUGCAGAGUACAUGUUCAGAGUGGUGGCUCAGAACGACAUAGGGCAGAGUGAGCCUGGUCCUGCUUCAGAGUCUCUAGUCUGCAAAGAUCCAUUUGACAAACCCAGCCAACCAGGAGAAAUCGACAUCAUCUCCGUCACCAAAGACUGUAUCACCAUCCGCUGGCUCAGGCCUGAGCAUGAUGGCGGCAAGGAGAUUCUGGGCUACUGGAUUGAGUUCAGGCAGGCUGGGGAGAGCACCUGGAAGAAAUGCAACAAGGAGCGCUCCAAGGAUCGUCAGUUCACGAUGGGUGGCUUAAUGGAGGCCACCGAGUAUGAGUUCAGAGUCUUUGCUGAGAAUGAAACAGGACUCAGUCGACCUCGUCGCACCCCCAUGGGCAUCAAGACCAAACUGAGCGUCGGCGAGGCUCCAGCUUUAUCAGAAGAGAUCCAAGAUGUAACCACCAAGCUUGGCGAAUCGGGCUCUCUGAUCUGUGGUAUUAUUGGCAGACCUCUGCCUGAGAUUAAAUGGUACCGCUAUGGCAAGGAACUGGUCCAGAGCCGCAAGUACAAGAUGAGCUCAGAUGGCCGUAACCACUCCCUCAGCAUACUUACAGACGAGCAGGAAGACGAGGGCCUGUAUACCUGCAGGGCCAUCAACGAGGCCGGAGAGAUUGAGACCAGUGGCAAACUGCGCCUGCAAGCACCUCCCCAGUUCCAUCCUGGCUUCCCUCUGAAGGAGAAGUACUUUGCUGGGGCCGGCACCAGCCUCCGUCUGCAUGUUGUCUACAUCGGGCGUCCCAUCCCCCAGAUCAUGUGGUUCUAUGGCAAGAAGCCUCUGAAUCCAUCAGAGAAUGUGAUCAUUGAAAACACAGAAAGCUACACCCACCUGGUAGUGAGAAACGUCCAGAGAAAGACAAAUGCUGGCCGCUAUAAGGUGCAGCUCAGCAAUGUGUUUGGGACCGUUGACACUGUGCUACGUGUUGAAAUCCAAGAUAAACCAUGUAUCCCUGAGGGACCUGUGGUUGUUGAAGCCCUGCUGAAGAGCUCAGUUGUCAUCAGCUGGAAGGUUCCCAAGGACGAUGGAGGCUCUAUGAUCACAAACUACAUCGUGGAGAAGCGUGAGGCCAAAGAAGGUGAGCAGUGGCACUUGGUGUCCUCCUCCAUCUCUGGCACCACCUGCCGUGUCCCCAACCUGAUAGAGAACGCUGGCUACUACUUCAGAGUCUCUGCCCAGAAUCAGUACGGAGUCAGCGAGCCUCUAGAAAUUCCAUCCGUGGUCAUCAUCAAGAGUCCAUUCGAAAAACCUGGCAUCCCACAGCAGCCCUUCAUUAUCAGUGCCACCAAGGACUCCUGUGUCGUCUGUUGGAAGCCUCCAAGCAGCGACGGUGGAGCUAAAAUCACCAACUACUACCUGGAGAAACGUGAGAAGAAGCAGAACAAGUGGAUUACAGUUACCACUAAGAAGAUCAUGGAGGCCAGUUACGAGGUCGAAGGCUUGAUCGAGGGCUUUGAGUAUGAAUUCCGUGUCAAGUGUGAGAACCUGGGCGGUGAGAGCGACUGGAGUGAGAUCUCUGAGCCUGUCAUCCCUAAGUCUGACCAGUCUCCUCGUGCUCCCGCAUUCAGGGAGGAGAUCAGGGACAUGACUGUCAAAUACCAAGCCAAUGCUACCUUUGUCACUAAGGUGGUGGGACAUCCAAAGCCUGUGGUCAAAUGGUACCGCAGUGGAAAGGAGAUCCUGCCAGAUGGAUCCAAGAUCAAAUCCCAGGAGUUCAAGGGAGGCUACUACCAGCUGGUCAUCACAGCUGCUGAUGAGAACGAUGCCACAGUUUACCAAGUCAGGGCAACCAACUCCUCAGGAUCUAUCUCUACAACAGCCAAUCUGGAGGUGGAAGUUCCUGCUAAGAUCCACUUGCCAAAAGAGCUUCAGGGAAUGGGAGCAGUUCAUGCUGUCCGUGGUGAUCACAUCACCAUCAAGAUCCCCAUCUCUGGCAAGCCUGAGCCAGCAAUCACUUGGCAAAAGGGUCAGGAGAUCCUCUCCAACUCUUCUUAUCACCAAGUCAUCAGCACAAGGUCUUUCACCUCCCUGGUCUUCCAGAAGGGAGUGCAGAGGAGGGAUACUGGCUACUACAUUAUUACGGCAAAGAACAGGUUUGGAAUGGACAAGCAGACCAUUGAGGUGAACGUGGCUGACAUACCUGAAGCUCCAAAUGGUCUGUUGGUCAGUCACAUUGCACAGGACUCCAUCACCCUGACCUGGGACCCCCCUGCCAAUGAUGGAGGAAGCAACAUCAUUAGCUACAUUGUGGAGAAGUGUCCCACCACUUCUGACAGGUGGAUCCGUGCUGGACAGACCGCUGACUGCAGCAUCACCAUCAUCAACAUAUUUGGAAAAGCCAAGUACCAGUUCCGUGUCAUUGCUGAGAACCAGUUUGGCCUGAGCCCUCCUUCUGAGCCAACUGAGCCCAUCACUACAAAGGAAGACAAGUCUGUAAUUAGGAACUAUGACGAGGAAGUCGACGAAACCAGAGAGAUUACCAAGGAGGAGGCUCUAUUCUACAAGGUAAAGGAACUGUCCUCGAAGUACAUCAUUUCUGAGGAACUUGCUCGCUGCCAGUUUGGAGCAGUCCACCGCUGCGUGGAGAUUGCUACUAAGAAGACCUUCAUGGCCAAGUUUAUUAAGGUCAAAGGAACUGACCGUGAGUUGGUUCUCAGAGAAAUUGAGGCCCUCAAUGUAGCAAGGCACAAGAAUAUCAUCUACCUGCAUGAAUACUUUGAAAGUAUGGAGGAGAUUAUCCUGAUCUUUGAAUUCAUUUCUGGAGUUGACAUCUUCGAGCGCCUUGGCACCAGCAACUUUGAGCUAACAGAGCAAGAGAUUGUCCGCUAUCUGAGACAAGUCUGCUCUGCCCUCAAGUUCUUGCAUAGUCACAACUUUGGCCACUUUGAUAUCCGCCCAGAUAACAUUGUCUACACCACAAGGAGAAGCACCACCAUAAAGAUUAUUGAGAUGGGCCAGGCUAGGCUGCUGGUGCCAGGAGAAAACAUCAGAAUGCUGUUCUCAGCUCCGGAGUACUUUGCCCCUGAGGUCCAUCGUCAUGACCUAGUCACAACAGCCACUGAUAUGUGGUCUGUUGGUGUUAUGGCCUAUGUUCUGCUCAGUGGCCUUAAUCCAUUUGCGGCAGAGUCCACUAUAAAGAUGAUUGAGAACAUCUCCAAAUGUGAGUAUAUCUUUGACAGUGAAGCAUUUAAGGACAUCAGCCUGGAGGCUAUGGACUUUGUGGACAGACUUCUAGUCAAGGACAGGAAGCUCCGUAUGACAGCCCAUGAGGCUUUGGAGCACCCAUGGCUCAAGAUGAAGAUUGAGCAUGUCAGCAACAAGAUCAUUAGGACACUUAGACACAGAAGGUACUACCAGACUCUGGUAAAGAGGAUAGAUACUAUUGUAUCAGUAGCUCGUGUAGCUUAUGGUGGCGCCUUCAAGAACCAGAGAGGAUUGGCUGUGGGUAAAGUGAAGAUUGGAACUGAGUACCAUGGCCUCCGUGCUGGUCCAGUCAUGCAUGGCUCAGCUGAGGAAGGUGGCCAUGUCAGAUUCACUUGUAGCAUCGCCAACUAUGACAAGAGUACACAGGUGUCAUGGUACUUUGGGAGCCGUCAGCUACACCCAAGCCCCAAGUAUGAGAUUAGUUACAGUAAUGGUUUUGCCAGCAUCUAUGUAAAGGAUAUUCAUGAGAGUGAUGAUGGUGUAUACAGAUGCAAGGUAAUGAGUGAUGAUGGAGAGGACAGUGCUUAUGGAGAGCUCUUUGUUGAGACAGUGAGGAGCAUCAGAGAGCACUAUAUCAGCCGCUCCAUCAAGAAACUGAGGAGGAGGGUUGACAAGUAUAAACUCCUGCAGAGACCACCAGAGAUCACUUUGCCUCUCUACAAUCGCACUGCCUACAUUGGCGAUGAUGUCCGCUUCGGUGUCACUAUUACUGUGCACCCAGAGCCUCAUGUAACAUGGCUUAAGAAUGGAGAGAGAAUCAAGCCAGGUGAUGAUGACAGCAAGUACACAUUCACCAGUGAUAAGGGUCUGUACCAGCUGAUGAUCCACAACCUGGACAUGAAUGAUGAUGCUGAAUACACUGUCAUGGCCCACAACAAGUUUGGAGAAGACAGUUGCAAGGCCCGUCUUACUGUAUCACCUCAUCCUGUGAUGGAGGAAACUAUGAGGCCCAUGUUCAAACGUCUACUGGCUAAUGUGGAGUGCAUCGAGGGGCAUAGUGUCCGUUUCGAACUCAAAGUCUCAGGAAUCCCAACUCCUGCUCUGAAUUGGGAGAAGGACGGUAAACCACUACAGUUUGGUCCCAAGGUCGUUGUCAUACAGGAGGAUGUUGACUACCAUGUCCUGCACAUCAGAGAGACUCUGAUUGAGGACUCUGGUGUGUACAAGGUUACCGCAACCAACUCUGCUGGCUCUGCAAGCUGCCAGGCUACACUGAGGGUCGACCGCCUUACCUACACCAGGAGAGAGUAUAAGAGUGAGGAGGAAAAAUACAGACACAUACGGAAACAAAUUGAAAAGACUAACAAGAUGGCUCAGCAAAUUGUUGCCACUGAGGAGCUUGUACCUUUCAACCCCACAGCCCAGGAGGCCCUCAAAUUUGCUGCAGAGAUGUACAAGCCUGCAGUGAGUACCAAGAACGUUGAGGGCGAGUUUGUAAUCACAGAGGAGAAGUCCGAGACCAAGAGGCUGGAGGAGGAGAGGAGGAUCUUCAUGCCAUAUGAGAUCCCUGAGCCUUUAGUUCAUGAUCCCAGAGUUCUGGAUGAAGACAAAGCUAUCAAACAGUUUGUGCCUCUCUCAGACAUGAAGUGGUACAGAAAGCUGAGAGAUCAGUAUGAAAUUUCAGAGAGGACGGAGAGGAUUGUGCAGAAGAGGCAUAGACGUAUUCGCCUGUCCAGGUGGGAACAGUUCUAUGUCGUGCCCCUCCCCCGAAUCACCGACCAGUACAGGCCAAGAUGGCGUAUUCCAAAACUCAGCCUGGAUGAUCUCGAGACUGUCAGGCCCGCACGCCGUUCACCGUCUCCUGAAUCUGAGAUCUCCUUCAGAUCCAGGAGGAGAUCUCUGGGAGAUCUUAGUGAUGAGGAGCUGCUGAUGCCUGUGGACGACUACCUUUCCAUGAGACGAACAGAGGAGGAGAAAAUGAUGCUCGAGGAUGAACUGGAGCUCGGCUUUUCUGCCUCUCCAACUGGCAGCCCUGUCCGCAUUGAGCGGCGUGGCAUGGCGCUUGAAGAGAGGAGACAGGAGAUCAGGCACGAAGCUGUUCAGGUUGCUGAGACAAAGAAGAAACGUACUGUUUCUCAGUUCAUGAGGAGGAGAAGGUCGUUGUCUCCCACAUACAUUGAGCUGAUGCGUCCAGUCUCAGAGCUGAUCAGACCACUACGUGCCAGGCCUUCUGUGGAAGUUGAAGGAGAGAUUGUGGAGAGGAGGUCCCCCACCCCAGAGAGGACCCGUCCCCGCUCUCCCAGCCCCAUCAGAUCAGUUGAGAGGUCAUCUCGUUCCUCUUCCAGGUUUGAGCGGUCUGCUCGCUUUGACAUCAUGUCCCGCUACGAGGCCAGAAAGGCUGCUCUGAAGUCUGAGAGGAAAUAUCAGGUGGUUAGCCAGACACCUUUCAGCCUUGACCAUGCUCCACGUGUGACCGUCAGGAUGCGCUCUCAUCGCAUACCAAUUGGCCAAGACACUAAAUUCACCCUGAACAUCCAAGCGAAGCCAGACGCCGAGGUCAAGUGGUUCCACAAUGGAACUACAAUCUAUGAAAGCAGUGAGAAAUACGUUUUCACCAAUAUGAGUGGUGUUCUGUCCAUCAGUAUCCUGGACUGCCAGGAAGAGGACAGUGGCACAUACCGCUGUGUAUGCUCCAACUCCAAGGGAGAGGCAUCGGACUAUGCCACACUGGAUGUGUCAGGUGGCGGCUACACCACCUUCUCCUCCCGCCGCAGGGAUGAGGAAGCUCCCAAAAAAUAUGUCCCUGAUAUAACUCGAAUUGACCACUAUCACACCAGUCACUUCAAAGCUGGCUAUGCCUCCCAGACCCACUUUGAGGUAGAGGAGAGCAAGUCUAAACUAACUGAGACACAUGAAGUUGUCACCCGUGAAAGAUAUGCUGCCUCCUCUGAGAGGCACUCCUCUGCUGAAAGGUAUGACUCAUCUAUCAGGUAUGCCUCGACUGAAUACCUGUCAUCUGGUUCCUCCUACUCAUCGGACAAACUUUCUCUGACUGGGAAGCACACCACAUCAGCAGCUAAACUUAAGUCAUCCUCUGCUGCUGUUGCUGAGGAAUUCUCUGUCCACAAGGUGAAGCCUUCUCGUCCGGCCAGAAUCUUAACCAAGCCCCAGUCUCUGACCAUUGUAGAGGGAGAGACAGCCAGAUUCUCCUGUGAUAUUGAUGGGGAGCCUGCACCCACUGUAACAUGGAUGCACGAGAGCAGAACUGUUGUCUCAUCUCACCAUGUCCAGGUCACCACAAGUCAGUACAAGUCCAGCCUGGAGAUCUCCUCUGUGACAGCUUCCGAUGAGGGCAGUUACAUGGUGGUGGUAGAGAACUCAGCAGGGAGACAGGAGGCUCACUUCACUUUAACUAUCCGCAAAGCAGUUCAUAAAGAAGAGGUUAAGGCUGUCAUAUCGUCUGAGCCACCUGUAAAGUCACCCACUCCUAGUGUAAAGUCACCGGAGCUUUCGGUCAAAUCACCUGCUCCCUCCAUAACUUCCCCUGUCCCCAGUGUAAAGUCACCUGAACCCAGAAUCAAGUCCCCUGAGCCUUCAAUUAAAUCACCAGCUCCAAGUGCGAAGUCCCCUGAACCAAAAGGAAUUAAAUCUCCUAGGAGCAUCAAGUCUCCUGAGCCAUCUGCACCCUCUCCAGCACACAGCUUAAAAUCACCAGCUCCUAGUGUCAAAUCUCCUGAACCUGAAAGAGUUAAGUCCCCACGGGGUAUAAAAUCUCCAGAGCCCAGACUCAAGUCACCAGCACCAAUUAAGUCUCCAGAGAGAAUGAAGUCACCUGAACCCCAGGAAGUAAAAUUUCCUCGGGGUAUCAAAUCUCCAGAACCUGUAGGACUCAAAACACCGAAAGGUGUGAGGUCCCCAGAACCAGCUGGAAUCAAAACACCAAAAGGCAUCAAGUCCCCAGAACCUUCAGGCAUUAAAUCACCCAGGGCCUUGAAGUCCCCAGAGCCCGGCGGAAUCAAAUCACCUCCUAGGAUGAAGUCUCCUCCUCCGAUCAUGUCCCCCAAGAGGGUUGUGUCUCCACCCACCGUCAAAUCCCCAACCCCAAAACCUCCCAAGGUUCUGAGUCAACUAAAAGCUGAGGCCUAUGAGGGUUCAGUGAGGAUGUCCUGCGUCUGCGAAAGUAAUGUCAGGGAGGUGGUAUGGUAUGUCAACAGGAGGAGACUUUCGCAGACCAGCCGCUUUGAGAUGCACUACUCUGAGGGCUCUUGCAGCCUUCUAAUCCAUGAUUUGGCAGACAGUGAUCAGGGAGAGUACAUCUGUGAGAUGACAUCAGAGGGAGGAGUAUCCAAAUCCUCCUUCUCCUUCACCGGCCAAGUAUUUCAGUCCAUACGUAUGAAAAUCAAAGCCCACAGUGAGCAGCAACUGGCACUUAAAGCAGGAUCAAUGAUGAGUCACAAGGAGUCAUCAUCAUCCAUGGGCUCAUCCAUGAUGAUGAAGAAGGAAAUCCACGCAAUGGAGGAGUCAUCAUCCUUUUCUUCCACCGCCCACCAGGCAAAGAUGUCAUCCAUGAUGGAGUCAAGCUCCUUCAGCAGUAUGGCAGCUGAGAUGAAGUUUGAGACGAUGUCCAUGUCCAGCAUGUCCUCAAUGACAUCGGAGACAUAUGCAAUGAGCUCCAGUAGCCUCAAAGAGAUGGCCUCCCACAUGGAGGGAUCCUCAUUCAGAGCAAUCGGUUCUGCUCCCAGGAUCGAGGCCCUGCCGGAGGACAUCAGCAUUGAGCCAGGCAAAGUCCUGACAGUCGCCUGUGCCUUUUCUGGUGAUGCCAGACAUAUCGAGUGGUCCCGCGGCGGCAAAACCAUUGAGGUGACUGCUGGCGGACGCUUCCACAUAGAGACCACGGAGGACCUUACCACCCUCAUCAUCACCGGGGUUAAGGAGGAAGACGCUGGAACCUACACCCUCAAACUGUCCAACGAACUCGGAUCUGAUACAGCAACUGUCCACAUAAGCAUUCGAUCAGUGUAAAAAAAACCAAAAACAAAAAAAAAACCCUAAUCUUCCCCUUUACCCUACUUCCAUGCCUUUUUAUUUAUUAAUUAAGCGAAAUAAUCUACUAGAUAAAGAUCUGGAUUUCUGUUCUUGUAAAUAUGAACUAUUUUUGUACCAAUCUUGACAUUAAUUUAUGCCAAACUAGACUAAAGUCUAAAGUUGUUAUAAAAUGUGCCAUAUUGGAUAACUAUGACUUAGGAUUUUUGAUCCAUUUUUCUGUGACAUGUACAUAAUGUAUAUAGCCGAAUUUAACGGUUAUGGGAAAUGUAUGCAUUGUUAUUUAUGACAAUAAUAUUAACUGAAACAAAAUGAAACUUAAUGUGGUUUAACAGGAGAAAGUUUCACCAGGAACGAAUACCCUGUUAAACUGAGAAACUAAACUCUGUGCCUCAACAAAAAGUUGAAGUCUUUAAGAUUGCCUCAACAGGUAGAGAGGCUCCCUGUUGAUGUUAACUCAAUCAGAGACAAAACUAUGAAUGCACUGCUGGAGAGUGAGAGUAGUGCUGUUGCAUUGUAACAAGAGUGUGAGAUCCUGAGUGCUGUUUGCAUUUACCCUCAUGUAAGCAGGACGACUGGACCUCGCACUCUGACUGAUUAUGUCAUACCGCCAUUUUGAUGACAUGCUCACAGUGCGAGCGGCCUGCACUCCCUGAGCACAAAUGUUUCUUUUUUGUUUUGUGCUCUGCUUCUGACGAACGACCACUCGCUCUGGCUCCUCAGUUGUACCAUCAACCUGGCCAAUCAAAUUAAAUAGAGAGUCCGACCUGUGCUUGUUUGCAGAGGCAGAGCUGUCUCUUGGAGGUCUGCAGUGUGUUUUUGUGUUAGUUUUUUAGGAGUUCACCUGUCAGUCAAGCUGGGCGCCGCAGCCAAAACCAACCGCCGCUGCGUUCACUGAGGACAAAAUGAAGCGUGGUCUUGCGUGUAGCCCUGCACUUUGGUUUGAUUGAAGUUAGAGUUUUAGCGCUGACUAUUUUUGCAGCCUCCUUGAGUUUUUCUCCAAUUAUUGAUUUAAUAAAGCAUGAUUAUCAGCACUACA